AAGGGGAACUAGCGCGAAUGACACAAAUGGACCCUCAUAAAAGGGGCGCGUGCUUGGUGCUGCAGAGAGCGAGGAGAAGUGGCAAUCUCCUACAACUGCAUCCACGCGCGAGGACAGAGAUUCACUUCAGGUGAGCCUUAUCUAUCAGUCUCGGCAAACAUGCUGUAAAUUUCCUCCCAGCUUCUUGCAAUAUACGGCAGGCAUUUACAAUAUUUUACAACUUUUACCGACCUUAUCCCGUCCACAUUGUCUGAUAGGGUUACGAUGAAACCUUCAAUCCGCUUUGCAUGUUUAAGUUUUUAUUAUUUUGCACCGAAUUCAUCCAAAGUUUGUACUCCGCAAAAAUCUGCUGAAUCAGACCUUUACCCAGGGUAACGUUUCACUCCAGAAACGGCUGGAUUUCUGCUAUCUGAGCUGUACGGAGGCUAUUUUCGAGGAAAUAUAAUCGACAGACAGAUAUACAGAGUAGCAAUGAAAGGUCUUUUGAUUCAGUCCUCUCACGUAGGCUUGUUGUCUGUAUGUAGGCUGUGCUCUUCAUCUCUCUGUGGGCAUCUCUCUUCCUUCUCACAGCCGGUUUGUUCAGUUGUCUCAGUGUGUGUCCACUUUUAAUACAGUUCUGAGCAAAUCAUGUGCAGCCCUGGACAUACUGUUGCCUACACGAAUGUUUGGGCUACUUUCCAUGAUGCCCGAGGGCUGGGUCGAACAAGGUAAAAGCUCUGUCUUUUUUUAGUGUUUCACUCUCAGAUAAAACUGCGGUCAUUGAGAGAGGCAAGUGAGUCUGGGAUAAUUAAAAUGUGUUAGAAAAGGUAAAUAUCCGUGUAGCCUAAGUGGAGAGCUUGUGUAAAAAUCAUUAACACAAUGAUGGAGUGGAUGCAGGUUGGGUCUAUAAACCAAGCGUUUUAUACGCCAUUACACAAUCAAUCAGCAUUCAUUUAGCAAUGAAGUCAGAGUUAAAUAAGGUCAAACACUUUCCGAGGAUAAAUAGCUUUCAUUGGGCUGCUUGUUCCUCUAUGCAAGAGAAGUCAACACACUAUCUCAUGUCUGACUUUUGCUCAGUAGUGACCUUUUCUAUAAUCUAGGUAAUGAGUGGACUGAAGGUCAUUGUAUCUGUUUUUUAUUCAUCAUCUCACCUUUGGUUAUAGUUUGUGCUCAACCUUUCAAAGCUAAAGUCAUCAGUAUGUGUCGGCAGAAAUAAGAUAAAAAGUCAGUUUACAUCCAUCACAGGUCUAGACUGUAUACUGGAAAGUAACUGUACUUCAUAUAGAGGGAAACCAGUAUGUAAAGGGUUUGAGUUUAAUUGCGGAGAUAUGACAAAGAAUUUUGGUACCUUUCUUCUAACAGCAGUAAGCGAUAUCUAACUUUAACUUAUUUUGUUUUUGAUAAUAUCUCUGGCAUCUUUAGCUGCAUAGAGACACAUAUAGAAGCAGGAGAAGUUUUUUCAGGUGAGUAUGCACCAAAAGUGUUGCCCACUAGGCGGUCUGUUCAUGUGUAGGGCUCUAUGCUGAGCAGUUUAAUUUAUUUUAAAUAGAAUAUGUGUUUGCCAUCUGUUAUCAGUCACCUGGAGGACCUCUCUCUCUCUUUCCUCUCUGUGAAGUCCCUGAGACAUCUGCUGAGCAGGUAACUGAGAGAAAGGGAGAGAUGUACAAGAGUGUAACAGACAGAGUAUAGAUUCUGAUCAGAAACUAUUCCAUUAAAAUUUGAUAUACAGAUAACUUCAUAAGAUAAUAUUUAUUAUACAUUCUACUAAUUUUAGUACCACCAAGUGACUGCUCAGCUACGAUGCUUUCCCACAGACAGUGCUCAGAGUGUUUAUAAACAAAUGAGUUCGAGGACACUGUAAAACAAACUACUUAGUGAUACCAUUUCUAGAUUACUCUGAGAAUUGUUACCCUGUAUUUGGUCUGUGGAAAGUGUUUUCAUUCCAGUGCAUUUUAGAAAGCAUAAAAUGAUAUUGAUUAUUUAUCAUAGUCUAGUAUCUGCUCGAUGGUAUCUGCCAGCAGUUGAGCUUUGGUGUUUAAUUAUUAAUCUAUCCAAAUGACAUAGAUUGGGGAUUUUGAGCUGAUCGAUGGCCAAAGGUUUGCAUGACUGACUCAAGUAUGUCACGGUGCUUUGGUGUUGUGAGAACAGUGGAAACAUAAAAAUGGAUCAAUAUUUUAAAUUAUUAACAUUUUCUUUAAGAAUUCUGUAUCUGCAGUUUCUGUCUUGUAAUUGCUCAACAAACUUGACCAACAUUUUUUCAAUUCAACCUUUUGUGUAUCAUCUUAUGUGGUGCAGCAGAACCAAGAAGCCUCGUCUAUCACACUAAGAAGGAAGCUUGUGUGUAUUUGUCACACCGCUGCAGUUGAUUUCUAUCUAGCAACCUCAAACUUUGCAUGUCUCCUUACUGCUGCAAUAUUUCAGUUAAGCUGGGAUUGUGAGACUGGUCAAGAAGACUGUCAAGGGCUUGCAGGUGAUCUGUUGCUGCUUUGACUCUGAGCUUCACUGAAAUUAACAAAGUCAAAUAUAAGUUGGACUUUGUGGAGUUAUCGAGAUGUAUUUCCUGGUUUUUGUUUAGUAUUUUUUUCCUCCUUCCCUCUUCUAUUACCACACAUUUUUAUGCUCUUGCAAUAGUUUUAAUCACAAACCAGUUCAUCGGCAUGUGGAAAUAUAAUCAUGUCGCAUUCCUACAUUUCAGAUGCACACUUCCCUUUGAGCCUGGAUUGUAGCUUUCUGUGGUUGGCCUCCGGUCAUGUGGUGUGAACUCAACCUUCCAUUGUCAGUCAGAGCUGAAACAACAGAGCACAUACAUCCAGCUUCUUGUUUAAAGAGCUUUGGCUGCCAGACUGAUGACUCACUUACUGGCUGCUUGUUGGCUUUCCUAGCGAUGUGGUCACUAUAGAGCCAUUACUGAAGCUGGACAUUGACAUUUUCUCUUCUAUCACAUGAAUGCAUGCCGAGUAUGUGUGUGCUGGUGUGUGUACAUGUGUGUGUGCUGGUUUGCAGACUGGAUGAGUGUUUGCCAAACUGGGGUUUUGAUCAUGAACAUAGCAUGUAUUGUGUGCGUACGUGUGUGACAGAUUGUGUGGGUAUUGAAGGAAACCCAGUGAUCAAAGAGUGCUUCUAAUAUAAAGAAGAGGGAAGGGUCAGCAUGCGUGACAAAGUUUUAUGACCUACCAAAACUUUUCCUCUUCCUGUUUCUACUGUCAUAGAAUCACGUAUUCAUCCUUUUUUUUUUCCUCUAACCCCCCUGUGGUUGUCAUGGGGGGAGUUUUUUUUAACCCCUUAGUCAUACAAAUGCCAGGAAUCCUUGUGAUUUAUCACUCACGUAAUUUGAUCCGGACAACAUGGUCUUGUUUUUUGCUGUGAUGUGAGAUAUGUCAAAUUUUAAUCCAACUAUUGUUUGUCUUUCAGGCUGACAGUCUGCUGACGGCAAUUCCUGCUCAUCCUCUUGCAUCUGGCUCAAUAAGAAGAGCGUCUUCUGUGAGUACACGUCUUUGAUUUUCUCUGUGGUCAGUAUCAGUUUUCCACUGCAGAUCUUAUUGCUGACUAAGUAGUGUUCAAGUUCACUGUUCAUUGGUCUCAAGUGAAGCGUAAGUGUUUUCUCUGUGUCACGGGGCUAUCAGUUGCAAAUAUCAAACUGAGUUUAUCAGAAAAAAAUAAGAGAUGUAUUAUUAAGUCUAUAGAAUUAACCUGGAUUAACAGAUGAAUCUUUUAACUUAUAGAAAAACAUCUUUGGCUAAUAAAUUUUCACAGCAAAUUGGAAUCUAGUACUUGAAAUUCUGUUAAAGUUGCAUUUGCUCCCUAAAUUUAAAUCUGUUAUGGACUGUAUCUGGGAGCAUUUGUGUAAAAAUUGACUUUCCCCCUCUAUAAUUUCUUAAUGAAAAUGUUGCCAAUACAGUGAUCGCUGGUUGAUAAGUAAUGCCAAAGAGGUGCAGUGUUUUUAUGUCUAGCCUAGAGCAGCUGAAAUCACAAAACAUUCAUUCAAUUCACUUUUCAGUCUUGCUUUUAUAUAAUCAAUUAAAUUGUAUCUUAGCAUUCUUAACUUUCAGUGCUCAUUUUGUAUUCAUUGAUAUCAGCUCAAAUCACUCCUUAUCAGUGCACUUCAUUGUCAUGUGGUGGGGAGCUAGCUAAUGCAAACUCAGAUCUGCAGAAAAGAGCAGAUUAAGAGAACACUGAGGGAUUUGUUUGUAGACCAUCAAACAUUACAGGAGAUCAUGAAGAUAGAAAUGGUGAUGAUAAGGUGUAUUGAUGCACCAGAGGCACAGAGGGCUUAUGGUUUUUGGAAAGAGCGGCUGACCUCCAAUUGCUCUGCUGUAAUAUAUGGCACGAGGCACUGCAGUUUUUAUACUGGGACCAAGGUUGCAGGUUGCACUGCGGCGACUACAGAGUCCAAACAUUUCUGUGACCAAACAUGGAGUGCCAGACAUUAGGGAUACUGGGCAAAUGACAAUCAGGUUUGAAUGUCAAAGUUUUACACAUCAGGAUGAAAUGAAAUGCUAAUAUGUAUCUUACAGUCGAGGUGCUCCUUAAUUUUUUGCGAGUCUGCCAAACAAUUUGAAGUUGGGAUCAUGCAUGCUAUUUAGAAAAAGUUACGAAAGACCCUAAGAAGACUGUCAUUCACUUGGUUUGUCAUUUCACUUGAAAAAUGGUUUCAAAUAUUAGAUGGUCUCAGCUUAUCAAAUCAAAAAUAAUGUCCGCACAUCAUCAUCAUCAUUGGCUGACAAUGAGCAACCACAGCUGCCCACUGUUAAGCUGAGCUAAUGCAAUUCACUAUACACCCCAACAGAGUUUCCACUGACCCUGAGUCACCUCAGCGUCUGCAGUGGUCUCCUCCCAAGAAAAGCCCAAAAAAACAAAUCACAAGAAGUUAGUUCAGGGUUAAAAUGACUGUCUUUAUGUUCAAGCAGCCGCAGAUAUUUUCUCAUUGGUAAAAUGAAAUCCUUCCUGUUUUAAAGUGUGACCUGUCCACACAGAAACCAGAAACAACCUUUAUAUUAUGAACAAAGUGCUGCUUCUGAGUCUAACAUGAUACAAAAUGGAUCCCCUAUUAGCGUCAGAAUCCUAUAUAAUCAAUACAUAACUUCAAAAAUGUGACAAACUUUCUUUGUAGAUGUUAUUGACCCAACUUUGAAAUGCAUAACAAUAGAAAGCAACAAUCCUAGAUAACACUGAUUCACAGCUUUUUUAUACAGUGUUUCAAGACAGACAGAGUGAGUGAUGGGUGCAGGAUGUUGGCAGGCGCCUGUCAUUGUUUGUGGGUCAUAGCAUUCAUUUCCCUAAAGGAUGUAUAGUCUGCUUCAGUGUAUAUGGAGAGUAUAAAUCCAUGGGUAAUGUCACAUUUCUGUUGCAUUCAGGGAAGUCUUAAAUAUAUAGCUUCUGUUUCCUUUGCACUCUCUGUUUUUGCCCUAUAGAGUUUACGAUCCUGUUGGCUACUGACACCGAAGUUGAGUUUAGCUCAUGGUUGCCUUAAUAUUUGUGAAGCACUGCCGGAAAACCAAUUCACCUAGACCUGCGCCAUCCACAUCUGCCAAGAUUUAUUUGCUUGAUAUCAUGCCACCUUUUAAUGACCUGGUUUGACAGAGAAGUUUCCAAACAAUGGUGUAGCCAACCUGAUCUUCCUGGUCUUAUAGCCCACUGUGCUUUAUUCUUGGAGCGCCAUCUUCUGGGUAAAAUACCACAACAUACAAAAAAGAUACCUCCCCAUGUCUUAUGCUGGUAUAUGGGUCGCACUGGUAGCUACUGGGUCACAAUCAUUUGUUCACUCAACAGUGUUGAAAAGAACACAGGUGAAAGCUGCAGUGCACAGUGAUUAAUUUCUCUCAGUUCAGUUCAUCUGACAGAUUUGCAGCCAUGUUGUUAAGGGGGUUGCCAAAUGGCGACACUCACUGUUGGACCUUCCUGGGUCCAGAGUCCUGCAGAGUCUGCCAGGCCUUCUGUCACCUUCUGAUUGUAGCUAAUCUGUUAUAAUUCCCCACAAAAGCUUUAAUUUAUAAGAGCUUACAUUGAGAAGUUUUUGUAAGUUAAAGGACAACAGACAAAGUGCUGACACAGACUGGGCUUCCAUCAUUAUAAAGCAAUACAAGUUAAAUAGAGGGAUUUGAAUAUGAUGGGGUAAUUAGAACGUGUGUGGGUGUUGUGAGUAUGACAGAAAGACACUCCCUCUUAAUUAUUGGCCUUUUUCAGCAACUCCAAUCAACAGUGACUCAUUCAGAGACAUCCUUGUCGUGAUGUCCUGCCCACAAUUUAGUUCUCAUUUAGUUCCUUUUUCUCUGGAAAGGUUUGGGGUCGAGACAGCGGAAUGAGACUGAAACGGUCUUGUGACAUGUGGUCCAAGAGAGAAAGGCACACAAAGUCUGGCCUUUCCAGCUUUUCUCUCUCUCUCUCUCUCUCUGCUUGCCACUCUAUGUCUCUCUCCCUCUCUCUCUCUUUUUCCCUCUCUCUCUGUGUACAGUAGGGCAGUGGGUUCCCUGCAUGUGGCCUCUCACAGUGAUGUCAUCUUUCAGCUGCCACAAAUCAGAGUGUUGUUUCUCUUCCUCCUCUACAAACUCUUCUCAGCCUUCGCUUGUCUCAAAAGUUCAGUUUUACUGGAGUCUGCUUCACUGAAUGCAAAUAGAGAAGCCUGGUUUCCCCUUUGGCUUCAUUUAGAGUUUUGUUCUGACUUAAACAGUAUCUGUGUUGGCAAUCAUGUUUUUACUCUUAGAGAAAACAUAUCACUGGGUCAAUAAUCAAUAAUCACAUGUUCAGUGUUAGGUGUGUCCACUGAAGAGGUUUGAAAGACAGAAUCAUGUUAAUUCAUCUUUACAUCGAAUUAAAACUUACUCCUACAACCUCACGAUUGUGAUUUUCUCAUGUAAAAACAAUUUCUGUUUGCUAUGCAUGUUUACUUUAGGGAUGUCCCAAUAUGAUAUUGAUAUCGGUCCAAUAUCAGCAAAAACAAAACAAUAUCUGAUUAUAUCGGCAUGCAUCUAAAAUCUCGGAUAUCAGCACUCUGAUACAAGCAGUCCAUUCCAGACUCCGCUCCAGCACCUCUAUCUAGCAGCGCCUGGAUCCAGCAUGUAGAACCCACACGAUCACAAUAUUGGCCAUGUUGCAGUAUUUGUAAGUUAUUUGCUUGAUAAGUGAUGCACGAUAUGAAAAAUUUCAACCGAUACCGAUAAUUUUCUUCUUCUCAUGGCCAAUACCGAAACCGAUAACCGAUAAAUUCAUAUUUUUACAUUUAUUAUAAUCUUCAUAUAAUCUGCAGUUUAUGCAGGAUGCAGCGAUUGAAAACUGAUGUUUUUGUUGCUCUGGCCUAUCUAGAACAACAAACAAAAGUUUUUGGCUCUUCAAAUGUGGUCAUUUGCUAUAAAUAACAAUAACAGAGCAAAAAGCAGAACUUCAUUUGAUCCCCUGAACUGUUCAACAGAACUGUAAACUGUAAAGGAGCUAUUAUGAGACGUUAGGCUUAGCAUGCUGACCGGACUAACAUCUGACGUCCAUAUGUCUGUGGUAAAACUCACGUGUAGUCCGUUCUUGUCGAUCAGGUUGUGAAUGUAUGUGGCGACAAUAUCAUAGAGUGCAGGAAGAGACACAUCCGAGAAGAAGCGGCGGCUUGGGAGAGUGUAAUGUGGCUCCAAGUGUGCUAUUAACUUGCGAAAACCCGGGUUCUCAACGACGGAAAAAGGCUGGUCGUCGACCGCUAUGAACUCCAUCACUUUGUCGUUAAUGGCUUUAGCCUUUUCGCUGUCUCUUGAGAAGCUUUUGCAGUUUUCAAACGCCUGCUGAAUGGGGACAUCGAUCCUCCGUAGUGUUGUUGUCUUAGCUUUAGUACCGCUAGCAGCUUCGGCGGCUGUCUCAUAUUCUUUUACUACCGCUUCGCCGCGAUGGCGACUUUUCAGAUGAGCUAUCAGAUUCGCUGUGUUAAUACUUGACGUCUUCUUUCCUCCUCUCGGAAUCCUCGCUGAACAGGUUUUGCAUAUAGCAAUGCUGUUGUCAUCUUCUGCCACUGAGAGAAACGACCAUGCUGGUGAAGACAUUUUAUUAUCUGUCAGGUAGUGACGGGGUCAGGCUUGGGACCUGCGAGUAAGGCGCGAUAGAUGACGUAACCAGCGCGUCUCGGACGGGCGGCUACUCCGCCUGCAAACGUUACUCGUAAUUUCAUUAAUAUAUCGGAUCUUUCUAUCGGAAAAAUGCACCUAUCGGAUCGAUAAAAAAUGACGUAAUUUCCCCCCAAAUCGGCCGAUAUUUUAUCGGUCCGAUAAAUAUCGUGCAUCCCUAUUUUUUUUAUUUAAGUUCAAAAAAGACAUUGCAGCUGAAUGCAAAACUUUUCAUACACAAUUUUGUGCCAAUAUUAGGUCAAUAUGGUAUCAGCCAUUACUAAAGGCCACAAUAUCAGUAUCACAUCAGAAGUUAAAAAGCUGGGACGGCCCUAGUUUACAGACCUCCAAAUAGAGGCUCAGAGAAGACAAAUACCUUUUUAUAAUCACAAUCACCUGUUUGCACCUACAUUAUUGUUUAAGUCACAUUUAACAUGUUUUUGUACUGCUUGAGUUUCAAACAUGGUGGUCGAGGUAAAUUCUCAGCAGUCAUGUAAUAAUAUCAUCAAGGCAGACUUCAUUCUCAGCACUUUUUUUUUUAGUCCAGUUUGGUCAGUGAAUGUCAGGGCACCUACAUGAGAUGCACCAACUGAUUUGUGAGUAGGACAAACCCACACAAAUAGUGUGGGAAGCAGGGAUAAGAUUAGAAAAGUGUUAAACUUAAAAUGCACUGCAGCCCCACAGCAAGCAUUUCUUUUGAUAAGAAGUUCAUCAUAUAAUUUAUUCAUACAUUAUUACUCUAAAAGAAUCCUCAUGAGAGAGCAUGGCUGAAUCUUGCCUGAUAUCACAUUCUCUGCUGUAUAAUUCUGAUUAAGAUGGAUAGGUCUCAGUAAGUGAUAACUCGGAAAGGAUUCAGUGGCUUAAAGUAAAAUAACAUCUUUAUGUGAGUGGUAAGAUUAAUUAAAAAAUGACGGAUAAUGAGAACAGUUCGGUCAUAAGUGGCAGUUAUGAUUAGGUUUUAAUAAUCCAAUAAACAGAUUGACUCAAUUAAAAAAUAUUAGUAAACUAAGGUUACAGGGUUCAGUAGGUGAGCCAUGGUAUUUUAGUAACAGUAACAAAGCAACCUGCAAAGUAACAAAGUGGGAUCCUGUGUUUUUACAGCUGCGAUAUGCAUUAUGAGUAACAAUGGAGUGUCUAUUCUCCAGGCUGUGUUUUUUUGUUCUGUCUUCUGCAGCGGCUUAAUACUAACAGCUUUAUUUACACUGAGAAUAUUAUAAAAAACAAUGUAACUAAACCGUUCACACUAUUGUAUCUUGUUAAAAAACAAAAUAACACUAAUGUAGCAAGCACUAUUUCACAUAUAUCAUGCCAUGUUGAUAUAUAUCUGAGAAAUUAGAACACUAUGAUGAUCAGAUGCUUCAAAAUUAAACAUAUAGGAAGAUGCUAGUGUAGACGUGACUUUAUAAAGACCUAAAUAGAAAAUGUUUUGGUCUACACUUUGUCUGAGUCCUCAGUGAGGUGAAUUCCAAUUCCCAGCAUCCCUUCCAGAUACAGGGCUAUUAUUUUCAAGGUUAGGUCAGGAGGAGAUACUGUUACAUAUCAGAUGUGUAUCUGAGGUGAUAAAACAAGUUUGUGCAAUCUGUUUUCUUCAUCUAAGUUUAGCUCUGUGUUUGGAAAUUGACCUCCAGGCUCUGACUUUGCAAUAGAGUUGGAGUGUGUUUGGAAGUAAUGUGAAAGUUAAAUCUUGCACUCAGCUGCUCUUUGUCACUUUGCCCCAAGACUCUGGAACAGUCUGCCAGAGGAUCUGACCUUUAAUCGUGAACUAAAGACCUCUCUGUUAAGUCUGGCUGAUAUUGGUUUCAUGAUUUCCUGUUUUGUAUAAAAAUUUAAUGUUUGUUGGUUUAUUCUAACCUGGUGUAAUUUUUUUUACUCACUCAUUUGUAUUGCUAGUUUAGUGUUUUUAUUUAUAUAUCUAACUUAUCUUUCUAUCUUUUUAUAUUAUAUAUUUUGAUGUCUUCUUUUAUGUUCAACUUAUUUUUUAUCUGUUUCAAUGUUUUAAUAACAUUUUUACUGCUAUUGGUUUGCAUUAGUCUCUCCUUAUUCUGUUUUUCUUUUUUCCAUCCAAUUGUUCCAUUUUCUGUCAUUGAUUUUAUUUAUUUUCUUCUUCUUAGCUGUUUUGUUUUCAAUCACUGUUAAGCACUCUGAAUUGCAUCUGACUUGUGUGAAAAGUGUUAUAUAAAUAAAGCUUGAUUGAUUGAAGCUUGAUAGACUGUUUAAAAAGAUGAACUACAUGACAACUCCAACAACGAGUGAAGUGGAAAUUUUAGAGCUCCCCCCUGUGGACUGGCUGCCGCAUUAGUCAUAAAGCCCACUUUCUCCAUGUUAACAGAUGGGACAUGAGUCAAACUAAAAGCCAUAGAGCUGUGGCAGUUUUCUCAAUAGCAAAGCUGUCUGCCAGCACCUGCUUGAGCUACCACCUGCAAACUCAGCCUGUAGGUGGUAGCUUCAGUAAAAUUUUAAUUUGAUGGGUCAUUGUGUUUUUCUGUCCUUUUCUGCUGAUAAAAGUAGGUUAUUGAGAGACACGGCUAUGAAGAGUAAAUGUUCAACAGUUUUCCGAAAAAGCAGAAUUUAUAUUUGCUGUGAUUUAAAACCAAACAAAAGGGGAUUUACCAUGAACUCGCUCAUCCUGGUGUUUAUUUUGGGUUCACUUCAGUUACACGUGAGGAGGUUGACUUUGUAUAGUCAGUGCCCACGCUCUAUUUUUAGAUUGGGGAAAAAAAGAGUUAUGCCUCCAUUAGACAUGCUCUGGGUUUUAAGUGCAGAUCUUGAAGUGUGAAUAAGGCAGAUAUUGUGUUGUUAAGGUUGAACAAAUGUGGGGAAACCCAACAAACAGGACCUGCUUUAUUUUAUUAACUGUUGUGUCUCAUGAUAAGUGCUGCUUGUUUCUAUAUCGAGGCCACAUAACUUUGUGUGUGAAUUUUUUAAAGCCUAUGUAGAACAAGUAUACAGCUUAAUGAUCCAAUGAAUUGAUCAAACCAUGGUCAGAAUAGAUCAUAAUAAGUUCUUUGAUUUUUGUUCGUCAUGGUUCCUUCAUUUUUCGGUAAAUUGGACUUUUCUGCCUGUUAAUGGGGCAGAGCUGUAAAGUCAGUUCAUCCCAGCUGUGUUGCACAGACUGUUCAUUGUCUGAUUACAGAGCAGUUGAACGUAACACUAACGCAGAUCCACACAUGGUUUUCUUGAGCCUCCUUUGUUUUGAUGCCACAAAAGCUACCUUUGUGUGGGUGUCCAGUGAUUUUUAAACAUAUGAUGCCUUCUGACUCCCCCUCCACUGCUCUCCAUUGUGCGUAGACUCGUUGUCAUAGAUGGACUGGUCAGAUGGGAACAUUUUCUCACUGCUGCCAGAAACGCAGCCUUGGUGACCUUGCGUGUACAAUACGCAACAAAAGUGCAAACAUUGGUUGUCAUAGAAGCAUUGUGGGUUUUUCCCCGACGCUGUUAAGACUUUCCCAUGCAGUCAGAGGCUGAAGCUUGUGCGCAAUGCCCUCAAUAAUCCUCUAUCUAUCCAAUUUUUUUAUACCUUUUUCUCCAGCACGUGGUCAGAUUGGAUGAUGGAGUGGCGGUGUCUCUGCUGUGUCAUCCAGUUAGCACUAAGAAGGGUCAUCGUUCAAUCGUCUUUAAAUGCCGAGCAUGUUUUUCAGUUUCUACUUCAUUUAAAAGACGAUUUUUUUUGUUUUGUUUUACUUAACUGAGGGCCACAGUAUCACAUACAGUCAAUUAUUAAAGAUAAUUAUGACAGUUUUUUUUCUUUAUUAGUUUUUAAGAUAAACAAACAAUUAUCUCCUGUUUUGCCUGGGGGGCUAACAGUGCAAAGCUGACAUUUUCAUCUAUUGUUUGGCACAAAAAAAUGGAAAUAAGACAGAUUCAGAGCAUAACAGAGGUUAUGAGAUGUCAUACGCUUUAGUCACAAGAUUUGCUGCACAUCACAAACAAAUUGAUAGCAAUUUUCUGCUGUCAUUACAUAUUUGUUCAAUUUUUACACCUCCCCUUUUUUUUCUGUGACUGUUUUGCACUUUCCACUUGUUUUAGUGUUGGGAAAUACAAGCCAGAUUUUAUUUCACAGGCACAUGUGAUGAAUUUUUAGACUGGAACAGAUGAGAAGUCAUGCUGUGUUGUACAUGUGGUUGCAAGCGGUCAUUUGUUUUUAAAGUGAUUUUAUUGAUUCGUAAAUAAUGAAUUCUUGCUGCUAAAAAAAGUCCCUCUAGUUUGACAGUAGCACUUCCAUAGAAAAGGUGUUUCUACCAGCCAACUCAGUACUUCAGUUACUUCAGGUAUUUGAAGUAACCUGAAACUUUUCAUAUUUAUUCACCCAUAAAUAAAUUUUCUGCAUCCUCUGAAAAUCCUUACAGUGUCUUCUCUCAACCCUAACUUUUCUGUUGGCAUUUUCCCCUCACUCCACCAGUCCUGUAACACGGCCGGAGUUCACACAGUUUGUGUUGUUUUGUGUCUGUUUUCUUCAGCUAAGUUGACAUCUUUUUCACUUAGCUCUUGUGUGAUUUAACAUCUCUUACUUUUCUUCUUCUUUCUGCUGUUGACUCUCGUUGAAGACUGAGUAAUAUCAAAGGUGCGAUCUGAAACCACCAUCCUGUCAACAGGAAGUUGUGGCAUCUUAAACUUUGUAAUAAAUAUACUGAACCCCCUGUUCUGGUAACUAAUUGCAAUCAAUCAUAAUUUCUAAGGGGUUGUGAUCAAUCAGAAUCAAGUAUUUAAAACGAUGAGAUGAGUAAUUUGAAAGCUGGAUGGUUUUAUUUGAAAAAGAAAAAAAAAAAAAAAUAAUUGGAGUCAAAGUCACCACUAUGUUAUUUUAUCCAAAAAGUGACAGAGAGAAAUAAAACUCCCCAAAUUAUUCUGGACCAAAUAGAUGUUGAUUGAUUUUCUGUUUUGUUUGAUUAAAAGUACCACAGACUACGGACAACUUUGCUCUGCCUUCCAUCAUUAAACAAAUUUGAAGCCAAAAUGCUCCCAGUAUUUCUGAGAUUUUCUCCAUUUCCUGGAACCACCACUUGCGCCGUAGCAUUGUACGCAUUUGGCGACAGAGUCGCUGUGAUGACGCUCUGUUCCAACAGUGUAUCCCUCAGGUGAGCUACGCAAUCUUCGUACGCCCAUAGGCUGUAUCAAGUGUAUCAAUUUCUGUAUCAAUUUCUAAAGUUUGUUUAUGAGUUUAUAACCUACACUGCAGCCCGUCACCAGAGGGCGAUGUAUUUGGAGUGGCUUCACUCAGCGAGGAGGCAGAUGACAGCCAUUCUAUAUACAGUCUAUAAAAAGUAUUAAACCAACUUACACAGUUUGCAGAGACCUUUGAUGCAAAUGUAAACACAAAAUAGAUUUUGAAACAAGUUUGUCUAAAUGUCUAAAAAGUUUAUAAAAUACUCAAAAGUUUUGUCCUUCAAGUAGAUCUUUUCAUAUGUUCAACAGUCAAAGCCUGACCAUGAAAUGUUUUCGGCUGCCUUAUGACUGUGCAUGUCUCUGUCCAGGACUCAUCAACAGCAUAUUGACUGUAGGGGUGCAGACAACACCACAGGGAUAAGUUCUUGCUGAGGUUGUACAGAUGAUAGGAAGCUCGAGGCUUGUUUUUAACAAGUGGAGGCAGGAGUGUGUGUUCUAUUCAGCAUCUUUUGUCCAAUGUUCUCUUUGUUGUGAGUGAGAGGUCCCUCGGGUUUUUAACUCUAAAUGCUCUUCAGGGCCUCAGGCUCACUCUCAUGGUGUAGAGACAGCGCCCUGAGCUUUUCACAGAGGUGCUGCUGAUGGCAAGGACGAAGUCUUACAAAAAACUUUUUGAAACAAAGUCUUUAUAUCUUUCAAGCAGACUCAGAGGAAAGCUAAAAAGAAAUCCAACCCGCAGGUAACAGUGAUCCCUGAUUUGCUUUUUUCAAGUGCACAAAUGUAGACUCUCAGUCUGCAGUGAGUUUGAGAAAAUAAAUAGCACAAAUCAUGCACAUGUUAAUAGUUGGCAGUGUAACUAAAAGCAGUGCAAAAGGCUGCAUUGGCAUAAAGGGGUUAUCCCAGCAGCAUAGUUCACAAAUUAUCAGUCAGUGUAAUUUUCUGUUUUUUUUUAUAUGGAACUGAAACCACGGCUUUGAAAUAGCAUUUUUUUUUGUUUGAGUCAAGUCCUUUGAGAUACAACAGCCUUCAAAUACUAGAGUAUGAAGCACAGAGACACUCUAUAACUAUUAUGGGGUAUCUGAUCAUCAUACUAAGUGGUCUCUUUGAGGCUGAAAACUCCCCUAACUGCUUGUUAUACAACAUAACCCAGCUGCACAGUUGGUUUAUUGAUCCCUGUGGGGUGUGUUGUAUGAGGUUUAUCACAGUGUACCGAGACUUGUCACGUACCUUUCCUCUGAAGAUUUGUCUAAUUGCCUUUUAAGCCUUCAAUCAUCAUUGGGCCACAAGCUUGUGCUGUCGGACUUAAAUGGCAUGCUUUGCCAUCUAAUCAUUAACUAUUUGUCUAUUCUGGUCAUUCAGUAAAGUAGUCUGAGGUUCUGGGGUUAUUUUACCACUUUAAACAGUUUUGCUUUGCCUUGGGGAAAAACAAGAUACAGGACACAGUGAGAUUUUACAUCUUAGGCUGGCUGGAAAAUGAUUUAAGAAAAAUCCAACAUUUUGUAAAAAAAAAACAAAAACAAACAGGGCUUGUGUGAGUCUGAAUCCUACAUGAUGUUUGAGUGUUCAUGGAAAACAUUGUAGACAUUUGCCUCACCAGAUAUGAUGACUGAAAUGUUGUAAUUUCCUGAUUUAUACCUUUCCUGGACUCAAGUUCUCUGAUUUAAGCUGAUAACUGGCAUGUAAAUUCAGGUUUGCCUGAUCCUCAUUUUUCACUGGGUCUUAGUUUCACUGUAAAAAGUUAUAAACACAGGUAAACCAGAUUUGUCUUGUUUUGAGUCCAAAAAUUAAAAUGACAAAUUUUGCCAGUGUUACAAUGUUAAGAUACAGAUUUGUUUAAAGUAAAAAAGUCAAGUUUGUCAGAAUGAGGAGAAAAAAAUUACUUUUUCUUUUAUAGAAAGAUCUGAAUGAACAUGUCUGCAUGUAUUCAAAGUCAGGGAACUCUUACAACAUUUAACUCUAGCCUAAUAUGCUAGUGAUGUGCAUCUGAAGGACGAAUCCCUCUGACUCUGAUGGAGGGAAAUGUCCUCGUAUCUCUGAAAUAGAUGUCCAUAAUAUUAAACUGUUUGCUGUACUAGCUCUGAACAUCUAACAUAAUUAUGUUUAGUGUUCUUGAAAACAAUGAGAGAGUGCAGUCAGAUUGGCAGUCAGAUAUUCAUGGUUCUCAGAGGAUACCUCUGACAGGCAUUGGUUAGCCCUCAAAUGUUUCACAUAUAGAGUGGCAUAAUCAUAUCACAAUUUUAACAGUAUCUUGCCAACCAAGUACUAUUGCAGUAAAGUGGGUAAAAACAGGUGUCAGUGGGAUCCCUACUUGUUUUUCACAGUCCUUUUUUUUUAUUUUUUAUCAGACUUCUGUCCCAUGCCAUGAUCAAAGGGAACUGCUUUUACAUCCCAUCAAAGGACAAAGAAAUGAAAGUCAGGGGUACAAUCACAUGAAACACUACACAGUGACUCUGCCCACUGAAACAUCCUCAUGGGCAAACCAAAAUAGAGCUUCAAAAACCCAGAUUUCUCAGAAGCAUCUGAAAUAGAGAUGAGACGACUUGUUUUAGCCUUGGGUUCAAAUGAGGAGCUAGUAGGUUGCAGUUGGUGGAAAUUUUGGUUGUUAUGGCACUGAUGGAGAGAAAAGGAAAAACUAUCAUCAUAUCAGAUUAUCAAACAAGUUAUUUAACCAUUGACUAUUGUUCAGGGCUGUAGUUCUGAAAAAUAGUCAUUUUAAUGCCACAGGGCUAUCAAGAGUCAUUGAUCCGACUCAGUUUCUCAUCUUGACACUCAAGAUCUGAGUACACCACUCCAAGUCCAGAUCCUGGAUCAUAUGAACAGGUUGAUGGCCCAGUAUCAAAGCCGUGGUGUGGUUGUUUUGUUUGCUGAACAACUACUGCACAGUGUCUUGAAUUUUGCAGGACUUCACCUUUUGACCUUUCACAAGAAUAAGGCUAGUUUGUUCAGGUAGUAAUAGUUACCUAACAGUGAGAAAAGAACAUUUAAGAUCGCUGCAGUGAUUUUUCAGUCCCUACUACAGACGUCAAAUCAUGUGGACGAAAUCUGAAUAUGAAAAUGUUUAAACAUCUGCAAAUCUGUAGGCUGUGUAGUAGAGUGACUUAAAAAAUCUGCAAGACUAAUGUAACCUGUUAAGACCCUGUGCUGUGGUCGUAGUAUUAGCAAACAGCAGCAGGAGCAGCCACUAUUAUUGAAAACUCUCUCCAGCCCUUCCUUGGCCAAGUCUGCGGUUAUUGGCUAGUUUUAUUGCUGUGCCGUUUGGAGUGAUGGCUUUGUGACAUGGUGUGAACACUAACAGAAUUUAUUGAUAACAGUUGCACUAAACAGUGAAGUUGAUGUAGUAAAGUGCUGCUCCACCUGCAUCUUUUGUGUCUCUUUUCUUCGAUGUGGGUUUCAGACAGCCACAGGAAGGACCAGAAUGACAAACAUUAGUUUCUUUUCAAUAUUUCGUAGCCUUUGUGUAUUCUGCUAACCUGUCACCUUCUUAAAUGUUUGAGGAAAGAAGUGGAGGUGUAGAUCUGAAACUCAUCAUUUUUUUUCCUGCUGAUAUGCAUCAUUAAAAAGGUUGCCUACUGAUUUGCAAGUGCUGACAACUAUCUUUGUUAAUGAAGGGCCAGCACCUAUUGUACCUGUGCAACAUUUAAGGUGGGAUGUGGACUCUUUUUUUGUUUCAGCAAUUCUGUCAUGAGGAUGUUUUUGGGCUGACAGCAGAGAAAGCCUCUGAGCACCUCUGUGCUGCCUCUCUGUAUACUUUGAACAAAGCCUUUUGUGUUUGCUUUUGAUGGGAGCAUUUGAUGCAAUUAAACUCCAUGCUGCAAAUGUUACUGCUCAAAAUUAUGGUGGUGCUCAGGCAGUUAGGAGAUGAGGAGAAGUAUUAGGAUUAGUAUCCCUCAUUGUCGAAUUGUCCAAUCUACAGUCUGCUGGUGCUUCUCUAGUGUUUUCAGUAAUACAUUUCUUAUGAAAUAUUGAUAAAGUCAUAAACUUGGCUGAUCUAACAUUUCGUUUUGUUUUUUCUUGUGAAGCAGCCACCACCGCCGAACCAUCUCCUCUGUAUCAUGAAGUAUGUUAUUUUUCUUGUGAAACCUACAAGGACACAUCUAUGCAGUCUUAUACAUUAUUGAGCUUUUUUCCCUCCUGCUGAGACGUGAGCCAGCAGUUAAAGAUUCACAUCUCGCAGAUGGAUGAACAAGUCUCAGCAUGAUCUGCUGUCAUUUUCUCUCUCAUGUCAUGUUUUCCCAGAAAAUCUUAAGAACAGCGGGGGGGUCGCAUGGAUAGAUGUUUGUUUUUAAGGGAAAAAAACAAAAUUGUGUGAUUUUGUGCUGCUUAGAAAUUCAUUUUCAUGCCACUUGACUGGGCUGAAAGGACUGAGAACAGCCCCCCUUCCUAGCAGCCAAACCCUGAUCCGAACACAAGGACAAUAGAACUCAGGUGCAGAUUAACAGUGACGUGAAAAUUAUUGAUCAACAUCUGUGACUAGGAUUAGUCACUCAUGUCUGCCUGUUGUUUUUUACAAGUGCUAGUGAUUGUGUUAUUGAUGAUUUAGUCACGGCAUUCAAACAGACAGACAGACAGACAGGAUGUGACUGAAAGAUCUGUGGGGACACACCCCAUGGACUUAAUCAUGUAACUAUCUCUUCACAGAAACAGACACACAGUGUCUAUUUUACACAGCAUUACAUACAGCAGAUGGUUUGAGGGGAUGGCUUCUUUUUAUUUUAGAGAUGGGAUUGUAUGAGGGAAAAGUUAGUUUAUUACCUAUAGGAGAUGUCGGGUCGGUGGCUGUUAUGCAAGCUAGGCUAUGAACCACUGCAGAUUCAUCAAGUUUGCCAAAUAAUAUAGCGAACUUUAAGAAAUCUGAUCAAAACAAUGUAAUUGAAAGAGUUUUUACAACUUAACCGUCAGAAAACUCGGCUGUUUUUUGCACUGUGGACUAAAGAUCGACCGAUAUGUUUUUGUUUUUAGGGCUGAUACUUAUCAUUAAUAUUCAAGGAAACCAAUAACCAAUAUUUAGAGCUGAUAUUCAUUUCUCAGUAAAAAUGUAUAUUUUGGUUUCGAAAUUCUAGAUAACACACCUGGGAAUUGACUGAACACAGAACACUGUUUUUUUCUUUUGUACACUGUAAAAAUCUGUAAUAAAAGACCUUAAACUGUUAUCAGUUUAGCUUCGUUGAAAAGGUUCAAACAGUUGUUUUAUUCUUAACAACAAAAACAACAAAAAGUGUAGAGGUCUUAUUGCGGCAUUUAUGAUGGACUCUAAUUGUAACAAUUAGAAGCUUGAGUGUUGAUUGGCUGUCUGUGUAGCCAAUCAGUGGGGACUGUAGGCAUGAUAUUGUUACAUAGCCAAGAGUGGUGACUUCAGGCAGAGAUAGGCAGCUGUGUAGGAGCCGAUCGAGCACAUUUUAAAAUAAACAGUUUUUAUCGGCUAUCGGUGGAAUAAACAGCUAAUCCCGAUAAUUGUAAAAAUGGAGAAUAUCGACCGAUAUUAUCGGCCGAUCCUUACUGUGGACGCGACACAUACUAUAUUUCCCUCCAUCUCCUAGAUUUGUUGAGCAACUUAAAAUUUCUUAAAUGAAACCAAAAGUUUUUCAUUUCUUCCACACUCUUGACACAUAAUUUUCUUUUUUGUUGUACCUUUAAAGAAUAAGGAAGUACGCCCACAUCAAUGUUUGUCUUUUAAGGAGAAAUGCCACUCUCCAGGUACAGGAUGUUUAUCAGAGCUUUGAUUCCCACUCAAGAAAGUUAAAAUAAUUCAGCUGCAGCUCUGAAGGUUAUUGCAUUACCAGAGUAUAAACUUGAGAUAUCUAUCUUACAGCACCUUACUACCUUAGUAUAUAAUGUAGGAGCCUUCUUCUUGCACAAAUAUCAUGAAAGCUGUUGCUGAGGUGUAGUAGUCAACACAGGUUUACCCAGUUUUGUUUACAGAAACCCAAAGUCAAGUAAAGAAGACCAGGUGAUAAUGUACAGUGAUGUGUACUUUACAAUGAGCAGCAGCUUAGCUGUGAUACACUCAAUGUAGACGGUAAAUUGCAAUUUUUUUAAAGGUGGCUUUCAUCUCAAUAGGAUGUCUAUAUGUAAGGUGUAUGAGUGUCCUCUUCACUGCUAAGAUAAAGCCCAUCUUCAAAAUGAAGAUAAAAUAUUCCUUUAUUAGUCCCACAGGGGGAAAUUCCAAAAUAGUACUGCAUAACCCUCCAUUUUUCCAUGGUUUCAUGGAAAAAUGGAAGGUUAUGCCUCAUUCAUUUAAUUACCAAAGAAGUUAAGGGAUAGCACACAUUAAGAUGUCUAGUGCUGUAAGUUUUUGCAAAUUAAUAGAUAAAAACAGAUGUUAAUUGUACACAACUACUUGGAAAACAUUUAUGAACAUGCCUAUAGUUUCUUUGGAAGAGAUCACAGGUUUGUUUCUUUUAGCACUCACAAAAUGAUUGAAAAUACAAUGAGGCUUUUACUUGUUUAGAUGCAGCCUUGAGCUCCCUGACUUAGAAAGACUGCGACUGAGAGAUCUUUUGUAUUAUUUGAUUAAGGAUGGGUUUUAGCUGUAAGCAUGUCCUUUCUCAUGCAAUUAAUCAAAGACAGUAAAACCAAGGACACAUUUGAAACCCUUCAAGAUCUCAUUAAAGCUUGAUUAUUGUAUGACUGAUUGGUUUAAAGAUAUGGUUUUGACAGAUGGUUCUUGGCAUUGCCAUCGAAAAACAGUAGACAAGUGAAAGAAAGGAGAGAGAUGGAUGAUGCAGUGGAUCUGGGCUAGAAUACAAAGGAAAAAACUUUGUGGACAGAUAUUUAAGGGUCUACAGCCAUGCAGAGGACUGUCAGACAGAUAAAGCUGCAGUUCUUGGGGCUAAAUGCAAACAUCAGCAUGCUGACCUGCACACAAUUCCAGUGCUGGUACUGUUGUUUUACAUAAUGUCAUACUUGUCAUUUUCUAUUUCUCUUAUCAGCAUGUUUUGUUGUUGUUUUUGAAGAAAAAUUCACUUUAAUUUAAAAUGAAGUCUUGACAAAAGCACCAAGAAAAUAUUGGAUUUUAUUUACAUAACAUAUUUCAUACAUAUGUAUGCACACAAUGUACUGUACAGGGAUGAAAACAACAGGGUUUGUAAUGAGCAAUCAAUCGUGUAGCAGUGAAAUAGAUUAGCACCUGUUUAACCUCACAAAGAAAUACUUUAUGACAUUGUCUUUCUAUCAUGAAGACAAGUCACGGCAGAAACAAUAGGCUAUGGACUGGACUAAUCAACAGGUCUGAAGCAAACAAAAGAUGUAUGAACUCAGGAAAUCCUUAUGAGGCUGUAGAGAAUGGCAGGACUUACCUGCCCGGACUGUAACCCCAGAAGAAAGUUGGCAGAGUUUCACUUUUGUUGUUUGUGUGUUUAGUUAAAGAAUAGAAACUAUUUUCUAUCAGUGCACACUAAACUGAGGCUGCUGACUGAAGUAUGAGCUCUGUCUUUGUCAUAGUAUUUUGCACUGCCCAAUUAAAAUCUCACCAGUGUGAAGAAAAGAGUUUAUUAGCUCUGAAACCAUCUGUUCAAGCUUUUACUGUCUGAAUAAAGGGUUGGAUCUGGGCCUGUAGGAGUUAAGAGGGUACUUUCUUUCAGCUCUUUUGAGGGCAUUUACAAAGAGAGACACAAUCCAUUUAUUUCAGGAAAUGACCUUAAAUAUGUCAACUGCCCUCUUAUAUGCAGCACGUUCAAUGUCAUCCUAUAGAAAGUGAGUCAGGGUUUCCAGCCACAACUAAAUAAAAGCCUCCACACCUUAAAAAUAAAGUGUUUUCUUAUGUGGCUCUAGGGCCGGGCAAUAAAAUGAAAAUUUACAGAUACCGAAAUUUAGGACAAUAACCGACGUCAUUUUGCCUAUGUCAGUAUAUUCAGUGUCAAAAAAAUAAAUAAAUAAAUAAAUAAAAGUUGGUUUUGGAGUUACACUAUGGUCUCAUGACUCACUGAUGCUGACGCUCAUGACGCUGUCCCAUCCCAUCCAGUCCGUAACAAAGAGGGAAAGACAGGUGAGGAAAUGAAAGAUGAUUUAAAAGUUGUAGUGGCUAAGGUGGUGGCUAAAGUAAAUGAAGUGAGGUGAGCAGCUUGUGGAGUAGUAUCCCCUAUUUAUUGUUAUCAAGGUGAACUGCUCAAUAUAUUGUGAUAUUGAUUUGAGGCCAUAUAGCCCAGCCCUAUGUGGCUCUACCUCGGACUCGCAUGUAUCAGAAUACAUGCAUCGCACCACUGAGCACGUGCUAACCAAGCAUCAGCAAGUUAUCGUCUGCUGUCACAUAGCUGAUUAAUUAGCGAGUUAUCAUCGGCAAUCACACAGCUGAUUCAUACCCCCCCACCCCCCUCACUCUCUGAAAACACCCCCACCCACCCCCCAAGCACCCUUGCACCCCAGAUCACACACCACCACGGACAGAUUCCUAACACUGUGAGUUGUACAAAGUCAUAUUUGACAAAAAAUGAAUAGAUAAGAGAUGAAAUGAUGAAAUUGUUCUUUGGCUGUCUCUUUUAACAGAUUCUACUUUGUUUACCACAGCAGCAAAACUGAAUUUUACUGAGAUGUUUUUUUGGUGGACUGUAACUUCUUUAAAGGCUGAUGCAAAGACAUGCAGACAGUUUCCAGCAGUGUUGAGCUGCUGUUCAGGAAAGAAUAGCCAGAACUUUUGAGCUCUCUGGGUAUUAAUGUUUCAAAAUAGAUUUUUUUUCAACUGACUUUCAACUUGUUUUUUUAAAGGCAGACAUUUGUUUCCAUACAGUAAGCUGUGGUAAUAAAGCAACUUAAAGACUCUGUCCUUUUCUGAACCUUCAGAGGUGCAGCUGUCAUGCAGUCAUGAUGGGAUGUGAUAAAAAUAAUCUGGUAAUACCAGUGAAGUGUGCUUUAGAUAUCAAGAAAUCUCUUCAACAAGUUUUCAGUCGAGUCUUUGUUGAGAUUAAGUUUCCAUCAAAACCGCAGAGAUUAAUAAUUUGUCAGCUACAUUGUCAAGGUCUUGACUAGUGCUAGUCCAAACUCUUAUUGCACCAAUAAGCAACAUGUUAAACAAAUCAUUUAGAAGUUGUAUCAUUUAAAGUCAUUUGUAGUAUUUUCAAUCUUUAUUUUUUCAUUCAGGAUUUACCAAUCAUAUCUAUUGAUCCAAAGGGAAAAUCAAAUCUGAGGAUUCCUGCAGAAAUUCCCUGAGCAAUUUAGAUUUUGUAAAUAUCCUGUCCUAAACUGGCAGUGUGAAAAGGGCUUGAGACAGAUUGUCAGAUCAUUUCAUUGUUUUUCCAUAAAUUGUCUCAAGUUCGUCGUUGUUAUGACAAUCAUUUCCAUCACAAUCCAGAAGUAGGAUCUGUUUCUGUUUCUCUGACAUACUGCCAGAUAAAUGAUAGAUACUGAGAACAGUGAAGUCAAACUGCUUCUUUUCCGACUCUAUUAUGGUCUACAUUCCCACUCAUUUCACUCCAGUAUUUGCCUGUUUUUGCUGAGAUGGUUAAUCCAUCACAGUUUGUGUAAUGUCUGCUUUUUUGUCAGUUACGUAAUGCAACACUGUGGAGACUUGUCAAAUUACUGCACACAGACCUGCAUUACCAGGAACAAUUACACAAGUCUGACAACAAUUGCAGACAUGAUGCCCACUGUGAGGGAGACAGAACAACUUCUAGAACUGACUCCUCUAUCACCCCUCAUCUUCUCCUUCUGCUUCUUCUCCUCCUCUGCUCUGUUUCCCGUGUGCAGGCGGACUGGUGAAGCUGCCCAGAGCACAAGAAGCAGGAGAGAGCUGCGAUUUCAGAGGAAGGAUCAGAGUCGGAAAGUGGGAGAGAGAGGGAGAGUGUCUGGCUGAACGCCCCUCAGAAUGAAGAAAAGCAGCAGUGCUCAGGUUGUUACACCAGGCAAUGUAAGUACAGUAUUGAUUUCUUCCAACCCUCCAUCUGUGCAGCAGCAACAGAUCCAUCCAUGCAUUUAUUACACAGCCACUCAUGCUCCUUCUCUUUAUCAGAUAUCCUGAAUCUUGUCUCCAAAGUUUACAGCCUCAUCCUGCAGUUUGCACAGACUCUGUAAAUGUUGUUACGUUUGUCCAAAACAUAACAAGCUCUAGUGGGAGCAAGGUGCAGAACUGUAAGUCUGUGGCGGUCAGUGAGUCAGGAACAGAUGACUGUACAGUACACAACAGACCGCUUUCCGGCAGGACACACCGCAGAGAGCAAGAUGGUGUGUGUGAGUGUGUGUAUGUGUGUGUUUCAGUGUUGGAAGAGAGGAUGAAGGACACUGUGUGCAUGCGGUUGUAUGAGUGGACAGAGAUAAAGGAUUGAGGACUGAUGCAGAGUUUUGAGGAAGGAUGCAGAGCAGGAAGAGAGGCCAAGGUGUUAAAGACAGAUCACAGCAGGAGGCAUUCAGAGCAUUGACUGAAUGGAAACAUGGAUGAGAGGAAGAAGAGCGGAGACCUGACAGAGAGGCCCAUCUGUUUCUCCUCCACGGCCCCAUGUUUAUGACUGGACCGGCAGGACGGAUCAUUUACUCUGACAUUGUCCAGCAGGAGCUCAGAGGCCAAGCUACAUCCCGGAUGAGGAGGAAAGUUUCUCCUCCUGCUGGCCUCCAUCAACAUCAGAUCCCUUUUAACAUUCAUAACUAGAAGCUACUUGAUAUUAAUGAUAAUGAAAAAUACUUACAAACUUCUUAACCUUGUUCAUUUUUUACCAUUUAUAAAGGAAAUUCACAUAAUAACCUAGCUUAAUGGCUUCUUUUGGUAGGAAAGAUUUAUAGUAAUUUUAACUUUAAUGCCAGCGGGGAUUUUUGGGAACAGCAGACACAUUUUUCAAAAGGUCUACAUCUCAUUUAGAAAUUAAAGAUGUAAAUUAAUAGAACUUUAAAUGCUCAGGAAUGUUUGUGACAGCCUCUUUAAUGUUUAAAAUAUUUAAUGUGUUUAGUGAUUUUGGGUCCAUUUGGAUUGAGAUGAAAAAGUAAAGACUAGACUUUUCGCCUAAUUUGACUACUUUCUGAGUGUUUCAUGUCACAGUGAUUUUAUUACCUAAACCUUGUGUAAGAAGCGGUUAGCUGGGAAUAAAACAGAUUACAUUUUUUUCAGAUUUGUCUUUAUGACCCAAAAAAGCAAAUGAGACCAUCUGGGAGAGGAGUGAUUAUUUUUAUGAAGAUUUUUUUAAUAGAUCUGUCAGCCCUGCAGCAGGAUAGGCGCCAGACGAAGCAAUAGAAAGCCAAAACAGCCUUUGUUUGAAUUCUCCAACAGAGAGAUUCAGUGCCAAUUGCACAGUGGACAUCCAGAAUAAAAAAAAAAAGAAGAGAUAUUUUUUUGUUACAAUAACAAAAACAAAGGUAGACACAAGGUAAGCUCAGAAGAUAAGCUAUACCGGUUUGUUUGUAGGGGUCACAAAUCUUGUGUUCCUUAACCAAAAGUUAAGGAAUGUAGUGAUAGUAAUCAAUACUUGCAUAUUUAGAAAGAAAAUUUCAGUUAAGUUUGACACAUCGAGGUUUGCAACCCAUAAAGAUUUGACAAAAUGCUUGACUUUUCACAUGAAACUCCUUUACAACUACAAUCACCUUUGAUGUUAACUCUUUAGGACAGGAGAACAACUCUGUAGAUAACUCAUUCCUCAGUAGAGACCUUGUAAAUAAUGGACCAUGAAGGAUCAUUCAAGGUAGGGAUGCUCAGAUCUGCUUUUUGGCCCCCGAUUCAGAUUGAGUAUCUGCUGAUGCCAAGUUCUGAUCUAAGUGGUAUUGCGUAGAUAUAAUAUUGCUGAACACCAAAGUUUGACUUAUUUUUGCACAAGUUUUAAGAAUUAAAAAUGGCUUAAAUAAAAACAAAACUUAAAGAUGCCUCCAUCUUAGUCAAUUUAAAUUAGUCCAGCUAGCCUUGUAGUAAAACUCACAAUCUUUUUGACAUACUUAUUUGUAUAAAUCGAUAAAACUGGUGUGCAUGUAAGACAGCACACUCAAACUAAAGGCAGUGCUACUUUAAAUGCAACAUACUCAAGAGACAGAUGAACGGACUGUCCUGUGCUUGACCGCCUGUUAAUCCAUUUACAAUCCUUGGAGAGUCACAGAAAGCUGCCAUAAAGCCACUGUUGUUGCUGUAACCUGGCUGUCUUUGUUUAUGUGUGUUUGCUCGCCAAAUCAAGUUGAAGCCAUGACUGGAGCUCCAUAUCGAUGGUUCAUUAAUCACUCUUAAGUAAAGUAUACACAGUCUGGCAAACCAGCAGCCCAGUCUCAUUUAACACUGAGAUUAGAUUAAACACAUCCCGGUUCCUGAUUGUUCUCUGAAACACUUGUAUUAAUGGCUAAGAUGGAAGUCAAAGUGAUUUACUUCAGUUGAGUCAGAUAUCUAUCUAUGCCAUAGAUGCAUAAAACCGUCCGCAGCCUCUUUCAUGGCACUCAGCUGUCACUUCAUAGCUUUGCAUUCCUCUUGUGUAUUGAAAUCACUUUUUACAUAAAGAAACAACGUAGCAACACUUUUAGAAUCAAAGCUCAAAUGUCCUUGCAGUUAACACUUAUAUUCAACCUUCAUAGAUACAGAUGUUCAAUUACUGAUAUUAGAAAAUCUUGAAAAGGCUAAGUUUUAGUACUACUAGGAAAGAAACUGUUCAGACAUCAGCUAAUCUUCACAGCUCAACGCCUCCAGGUCUCCAUAUCCCACUUUUCAUUAAGAUUCUAUAGCUUCUUAUUAAUUUAAGAUUUUCUUUCUUUCUUUUUUUUCCUCUUGGUUUAAAUAAUUCAGGCUCGGCACCGAUCUUAUUAAAGCUUCAUUCAUCAAGCUGUCUCAUGUAAAUCACCGUCUUCAAAAAGGGUUUUUGGAGAAAUCCCAGAGAAGUUUUUUUUCAGCUCUGCAGCCAAAAGAAACCUUUCAUCUUCCCCUUGGAACCCUUCACUCAGAGUGAUCUUACCUUCAUUGUUUUGACUUUCAUCAUUUCAUUGUUUUGCUUCCUGUCUUUUAUGAAACUGUUCAGGCACAAAUGAACGAAGCCAAGUUUCUAUUUUAAACUUCAGUCCUGUCAUUGGAUCAUAUACAAGCACACAUUCAGUUUCUCAUCCAAAUACCAUGUAGACCACAGACAUAGGAUCAAUGAGCAGCUAGGAUUUACUGGCUUGAUUUCAGAGAUUCAAUAGAUACUCAAGUGAUGGACAACUUGGCGUGAAACAGCAGUGACAGUGGCAUAUUGACAAUAGACUAUUUAGAUCUCUACAGAUAACAUUUGUUAUGGAGAGUUAUUGUGUGUGUGUGUGUGGAAACAGUUUCAGGCAGAGGAACAGAGCUGUGUGUUUUUACAGAUCUAAUUUUCACCCCCUCCCCUUUUCCUGCAACGGGACGAAUGUGUCUUAAAGAGAUAGGCACCAUAAAUCAGACAAAUUGCAUUUCCUAGAAGGAGCAGAGGAGUCAGCAGGGCUGUGUUUACAGACAACCAGAAGGGAGGAUAGAUUCACUCUGCUCCUUUUUAAUGUCUCCUCUGUUCACACCAUCUCCCCCUCUCUCAUUAAGAAACUCUUUUUAUAUCUGUCUGCGCUGAAAUUGGCUUACUUGGCUCAUGAUUUUACUUAGCUUCUUAAUCUUUGUGUUGUUGCUGUUGGUCUUUUUGACAGGAAAGAAGAGAUGGGAAGCUUUUCCUGUCAUUUUAUCCUCUUCCUGUUGUAUUGCAUUGUUCAUAAUUUCACAUUGGUCUUUUCGUCUUUCCACCCUUUUUAAUUCGCUGCUUCAAGAGAUAUUUACUCUAAUUUUUAGCAUCUCCAUACUUAAGUUCUACUGUGACCUUUCAUCUUUUGUGAUGGUUUGUUGAUCUUGAUUACUCAAAACAGAUUAUGUAGGCUUCAAAAAUUCUGCCCUUUCAAUUUAUUCAACUUUGAUCAUUUUCUUUAUUAAAGUUUCUGUGAGGAACUUUUGGUUCCUCCUUUGCUCAGGUUCUCAUACAAAAUCUGAUCUCACUUCCUUUUUAUCUGUAAAUGAUCUCACUUAUCUAGGACCUUCACAAAGGAAAAUGAGGGGCAAAAAGGCUGUUUCGUUUGUGUGGAGUGAACCACUUCACCUGACACCUACCUUUUGACAGCUUUUUCAGGCAUUUGAAAUAAUCCGUCUUAUUCCAUCUCUAGAUUUGAGUCGGUGUCAUACCCACUUCAAAAGCCUCCAAAGGAUGAUUUUUGGAUGUAGUUUUUGUCAUUCAGGGCCCUGAAUGAUGAGUGGACCUGCUUAAGAAGUUUAAUUAACAUUUUUUCCUAGAUAAACAGUUUUGAUAACUGUGUCAUUUCAUUGAUAUCUAAAGUGCAUCAUAGGUAUUCAUAAUAAACUGAACUUGUUAAUCCACUAGAGGGCAUUAUUGAGUAAUUGUUGCCAUGUAUAAAACGUCUCUCCUCUGUCACACAUUUGUUAAGGAGGUAAAUCUUCAUCAAUAUUGAUUAUAACGUGUCUGCUUCUGGCAAGGCCUUCAAAAUUCCUAUUUCAAAUAAAAACUUAAGUAUGUAAAGAUGAUUUUCUUGAUUGAUCAGUUAUAAUUCGGUCUUUGAAAUGUCAGCUAAAUGUCAGAUGAACUUCAAAGCAACAAACAUGCUGAAAUAUUUAUUGCAAUACUCAAAGAUAUUUGGUUCAUUGUUGCUAAAGAGGAAGAAACCAGAAAGAUCUCCGCAUUUAGGACACUGUAACCUGAGGAUUUAUUAGUAGUGAGAGAUAAAAGAUUUUCUAAGCCCUAAAAAAUACAGUGCGUUGUAUUCAGAAGGAUUCAGCUGAACAGAUCUGGUACAAAUAGGAUAUAAUCUUUGUAAAGCAGAAUGUAGUAUUGCUCAGAAUGUUUAAAUCUGUGUAUAAUCAUUCAAAUAUGAUCAACUCCUCUUCCCAUAUUUAUAUUUUUCAAAUUUCAAAAUUAGAUGCAGUUGCAUUGACGUUUUGUUGAGCAGUCUUGAUGUUGUCAGGUUGUUGUGAGUGUCCAUCCCCGGUCACACCGAGGUUGGACUGUGGCUUUAUUUUCUCCUCCACUCUCUCUCAUUCUGUCACUUCACACUCAUCCUCUGUUUGUUCUCCAGCACCUUGUACACACAGAGCAGACAAAUGCUUUCCUGUUUGCCAAGCCUCGUUCUAGGAAUGUAUUGAUCCUCCCUCCCUCCCUCUCUCUUUGUCCAUUUGAAGCCUGCCUGACUCUUUCAUUCACACCUGCAUGUGGUUAACAUAAAGGAGACGUUAAUGUAUGCAGAAUGAGCUCUGGCAGCCCGCCUUUGUUUCCUCUGCGCCUGGGCUUGUUUACAACUCUUCAUCACAGUGAAGCACCCUGCUGGAGCUGUCACAGUCACCCAGACACAUUUAACACAAUUUAUAGCCUGCACAGGCUAAUCAAAACAUCAAUUGGCAGGCGCCCAUGGACUGAAAGGGGCAUUGAUGAAACAGUUCAUUUUUUUCUCUGUGUAUUACACUUUGUUAAACCUGAGAUCUGUGUUGCUAGUAGGGAUGGGUGAUGUGGGCAAAAAAAUGUAUCACAAUAAGAUUUGCCAUUCUGGCGAUAACAAUAAAAGUCCUGAUUAAAAAUAAUUACUAUCUGUGUUUUUGACUAAUUCUGUCUUAAAAACACCAGUUGGCAGAGUCAAAUAAGAUACUUAACUACAUGUUUAAGUUGGAGGUUAUAGAGAAAACUAGUGAAAUGUUAAAACAUUUGCAACAUUUGUUGGAAACUCUUAUUGCACAGGCAUACCUGAUUGCACUCGUCUAAGCCCCAAUCUUGAAGGAAAUCCCUCAUGUGGAGCCUUGUUCAGUUCUUCAUUACCUUCGGCCAUGUUUGUUUCUUAUUCUGAUCUGUGGCUGUGAGUCCAUCGUUUGCGCUUACGUCAUCAACUUACAUUUAUUGUGAGAUGGCAAAUAUAUAUCGAGGAGGAAUUUUCUGACAAUAAAUCGUGGACGAUAAUUUAUCGCCCUUCCCUAGUUGCUGGGCUGAUUAGUUCAUGUUUAACACUGAGACAUCUUUGAGCAAGCAUGUUUGUCUAGCUAAGAGUUUGUACAAUUUUCAGCUAAAUUUGUAGUUUCACCUCUUACAAAGAUUUUGGUGGGACCUCUCCUCUGUAGCCAUUUUUCACCUUCAUUAUCUUUAUUUUUUCCCCACAAAGCGGGACAGUAGGGAUUAUCAAAAGCUGUUGUCAUGAAAAUCUAAUCCACUGACAUGUUUCUCCCUUCAGGAGAAUAAGGAUCCUCCAGCAGUACCAUACUGCUCAGGCAGCACCCUCGGUGUCGAGCUGUUUAAAGUCCAUCGGCGGUUUUCUGGCAACCUGCAGCUCCCUCCAUUGUCAUGGCGGCAGGCAGAAAAGGAGAGUCACCGGGGGAAAUCCCCAACACCUGAAGAAGACCCAGUGACCCGGACCAGACCCACAAGUUUGCCUAUUGUGUCCCUGCCACGCAUCGACAUCACACAGGCCGACCCCGACAGGUAAGAAGACGACCACCUCAGUGGUGCAGAGUUUAUGAAAUAGUUUUCAUUCAGAGGAAAUUCAAAGUCAAGACUGUAUCACAAAAAACGCUGAACUGAUCAAACUUUAUUGUUGCUACGGCUUUUGAACAACCUUUUUAUUAGGUGGAGGCAGACUCUAAAUUCAACAAUGUAAAUUUAGAAACAUACAAACAUGGGCCAAAACUCCUCACCUUACCUUACCUUACCUUACCUCUCCUCUCUCUCUCUCUCUCUCUCUCUCUCUCUCUCUCUCUCUCUCUCUCUCUCUCUCUCUCUCUCAUCUGUUUUUUUUUUUUCACUGACAUUCAAGACAAAUGAACCAACAGCAGACAUGCCAAGUCAAAAACUGCUGAAGGAAAAUGCAGUCCUUUUAUUACCAAGUGUUCUGUUGAAGAGCUUUUUGUUGAUGGGAAUGAGAGAGGACAGUGUGGGUGUUAUCAUGUUAAUCAGUUAAUUUGCAGGUGCUGUAUCACACUAAGAUUAAAAUGAAGAUUUGUGUUGUAAACUCUAGGAGUUGUAUUUUCUCUAUCCUCAUGUUCAGCGUCUCUUCUGUUUUCUCCUGGUUUUACUGUUUACUUCUCUCGGAGUGUUAAAUAAUUUGGCAACCAUGUCGUCAAAAACAGUCGUCUUGUUGUGUCUGACUUUCAAACAGCUCUCAAUGAGUUGCUGUUAUACAGUCAAAUCAAAGCAGAAAAACUUGAUAAAAGGGACUUUUAAUGACGGCUACCAUGUUAAAUUAUUGAAGGUUUUCUUUCUUUGAACCGCAGUGACUCACCUCACUAAAUUGCAGAUGAUAACAGACUCUCAGCAGAGGCCCAUUGUCCACUGCUUCCCUCUUUGGUCUCUUUUAUCUCCAUGAACUCUCAUUCUGCUUCUCUGAGUUUUAAAAAACAUGAGUGCUUUCUCUGAAAGAAAGGUCAGGAGCUAGGAAACUUUUGCUCUGUUUAUGUUCAGCCAUAUUUUUUUUACUUUUAUUAUUAUAAUGAUUAUUAUUUUUAGCUUUUUAUGAUGUUCUGUUAUCUUAUUUUUGUCAGGGAUGGACCAUUAAACGGUAAGACUAAUCAUAUAAAUUAGGACCUCAGUGUUAGACCAUUCAUCGAGAAUCAUUAUUUGCUUAUUGUUAGGCCUUGUUUAUGCUUUUGUAGCCUGAAUACACCCUUUCUUCUCUGUGAAACAUGAAAGCAGAAGUCCAUAGUCACUAGUCACUGUAUCUGUAAAGCUGGAGCUCUGAUUGAAGCCUUUAGAGAGCAGGGAGCUCAAGACAGAUCAGGCAGAUUCAUGUAGUGCUGCUGCUGUUAAUCCAAAGCAGAUACUCCCAUCACACAGCGCCUCCAGAUUGUUUUACAAGCAGGUUGUUAACAGGCAUCUCUGUCACUUCAGGUUCUUCACUGCCAAGAAGACCUGGUGAGAAUCUGUUCGGAGUGUCUUUUGAGAGGAUAAAAGAGCUGUUGUUUCACUUUUGGUCUUGUUUUUACAAGUCCGUUCACUUAAAAAUGUGGGCUUAUUUCCAAUUUAUUAAAACCAGCUCAAACAGAACCUUAUUUGGCAAUAGUUUAAUUCAAAACUUCCCAAUUUAAAGUAAGUGAGAGUCAAGGAUUUAUCAAUCGUAGGUGUGAGAAAAGUCCGGAGGAAGACGCUGCCAAUAACAAAUGAAAGGUUCAGAUUCAGUUUUGAAAACCUGUCGUCUCAGAGGGCGUCAGAAUGCUCUCCUCACAUCUAAUCUUUAGAUCUUUAAUUUGAAAGGUCAACAUUAAAGAAGACAAAGUAGGAGGAAAAAGUGUAAAAACCAUCUUAAGAUGAGUAUCUGAGGGAUCUUAUUCCUCAAUGACAGAUAUAAACUCAUUACUGCAUGUAUGAAUACCUCAAAGGGAGCUGUUGUAGCUUAACAACUUUGUUCUUUAACAAAAGAAAAAAGUCUACAGUGUGCAAUGAUGUCUUAAUAUUUUGUUAAGAGGGGAAUAUUGCUCAUAUACAGCAGCAGUUGUCUUGUACGAACAAAAAAAAAAAAAAGCCAGUCUGCUCUGGUUUUCCUGUGUUUGCUCUGAAACGAUUAUGGGAGGCUCUGGUUUUUCUCAGACAUGAAGUUUUUCCUCCACCAGACUGUCAGGGUUGUUUUGAUCCUGCUAAGAUACACCAAAAACUAACCAAUUAAACUGAUGUAGAUAUAUAAUAUGUAAACACUGUCAUUGUGUUAAAUAAGCCCUCUCCUUGAUCAAAGCUGAAUUAGGGCUUCUCAAAUCUUUAAAGUUAUAAUGAUAUCCCCCUUACCAUUUUUGGCUGAUAAAUUGUCCAACACACUUCUAAACCCUGAUCUCAAUUUUUGUUUUAAAAACGCUCAUUCAUAUCUGGAGUUCAACAAGCAUUUCACUUUGUUAGUUUUACUUUAUUUCACACAAGAAUAAGUUCUAAAAAGCACAUCAAGAAAACUUUUAACAGCCUCUUUGCCUUUAUUUUAUAGAGGGACUUGAGAGAGAGAGUCAGGAAAUGCAGUUAGAGGGAGUGGUGAGUGACUGUUGACAUUGGGAAUAGAUCAUCUUCCCUACCAACUAGUCUAAACAAGCAAGUCUAAACAAGUGCCCUUCCUUUUCUUUCUUUCUUUUUUUUUAAAGAGAUCAAAUGGAUGUCUUUGAUUAUCUUUUGCAAUAUUUGAGUGACUCUAACUCUGACUUUAACAUAAAGAGAUGUUUAAACCUGAGGGUAGAGGGUCCAGCGGUUUGAAACAUAGUAUUUUAGGUUAACCCUUGUCCUAUUUAUGCCCCUCUCUAGUAAAUAAGACUUAACUUGAUCCAAAAAUAUGGUGCAAUAGAGAAUAAAAUAUGAUAAAAAAUGAUGGGGACAACUUGAUAAGCUUGAGCUAGACCUGAAAGCCUAAACCAGGAUUAAAAAAGAGGCCCUGGUUAGUAUCUGCAUAACAUUACACAUAAGUGAGAGUUUUGAAAGUGGGUAAAAAGUAGCUGAAACCUGAACUUCCUCUUGGAGAUGCCAAUUUCUUCACUCCUUAGAGCGUGUUUUGACAGGACAUCACAGGUGGUGGAGUGCAGGGCGGGGCUGGAUGAUGAACGCACAGACUAAUCUUCAGAGGUUUAAUAUCUGAGGGGGAAAAAAAAGGGGACAGGCGGUCAGAUAAACAGAGCGGCUGUGAGUGCUGCAGCAGUCCAGAGCUGCCUGUUGGUGCCUGCCAGGCGGACGAUAUUCCAGCACGUGGCUUUAAACCGGACAGAAAGAAGAUCUGCUGGAGUGAGCAGACAAAAACAUUGUGCGUUUUGUUUCCUGAUGUGGAGGUGAGAGAGAGGGAGAAUGCCUCGAAGGUCCCCUAGGUGCAGAGCUGGGCACUUUGACUUCAACGAGGAUGUGGUCAAUAGAGAGCAUCUGUCGGCUCCCAGGUGAUUCUGAAUCACUUUACCUUCAGUUAUGUGUGAAUUUUUCUUUUUGUUUUGAUGUUAUUUGACUUCUCUCUGUUUUUCUUCUGAUGAUUUCAGUUGUUUCACACACAUAUUUAAUCAUUUUCUGGUUGCGAUGAGAAAUUUCAACUUGUGCCUACAACAGGAAAAGAAAACAUGCAAUUUACCAGGAUUUGUUGUAUCUAAAAUUACUGCCAGCUUUGCAGAACAUCAGGAUCUACAGAAAUGCUGCUCUAUUCGUAACAUCCGGCAGUUUUCUGCCUGCGUCAGAUUAAGAGAUUAGAUUCUAGGUAAAGCAUGUUGUUAAUGUUGUGAAGUUGGGAUUUGGAUGACGCAGAGUGCAGCCCGUAUGACGUGUAUGCUUCUGUAUGUGUGUGUAAUCAGAGUCUGAACAUUUCACAUUAAUCUGAGCUCCUCUGGCAGAGGUGUGGAGCUGAGUGUCCCAGUGGGAUGUUUGCUAGUGGUUAAUCUGACAUAUUGCAGAAAUUACUGAGACGGGGAGUUAAUAUGGGACAGAGAGAGACGCGACCUCUUGUACUAUCUGGCCAUUACAAGAUUGUUUGUGUAGAAGAGUUUGAGAAAGAGCUAAAUGUGAUUUAUUUUCUGUUGAGAACACUUUAACUGCACUUUGAUGAAAGUAAAAAAUAUCAUCAGAUGAUAUCUGUGUUAGUCACCGAGCAUCCAACUGUGUGUAAAUUCAUCUAAACUAAACUCAAUGCUUGUGUUUUCUUUUUCAUUCAUAUUUGUAGCAUCUGUUGUCCCUACAGGGCUUUGACUUUUUGACCUUUAACCUUUAAACUCUGCUCCAUCUGAACUGAUCAUCUGCUUACACAAUACCCCAUCCGUUCCUUCUGCACGCGCUCAGUUGUGGCAAACAGAUUAUAUCCGCCGCUGCAUCUGUGGUAGUUUUACUAUAAGCUGUGGUAGAUAUUUUCAUUAUUUUUGCUCAAAACACAGCGAUGGAGUAAUUCUGAUCAUAUUUGAAGGGUUUUAUGAAAAGAAAAUAAAGUCGUACAUACAAGAAGUCUGUUAAGGCAACUUAAAACGGGUUUGAAAAUACAAAAUUUUAUAAGCAAAAUGCAUACUAACAACAGCAGCUACCAAUUACAAAUGUGUGAAUAAACUAAAAGAAGCUUAGCUGGUGACAGUAUUCACACACACUCACUCUGAGAGGCUCAAAUGUCUUUACAAUACUUAAGCACUGCAAUCCAAGCUGCAAAUAGACGAUUUACAAUGAAGAGUCUGACAGGAACUUUCUGAUUCACUGCUUCUGACUUAUCAGCAGUAAUGAGGAAAACAACAGAGAGUGAUAAUCACAUCAGGCCAGAUCUAAUUGAAUCCAUUUAAUGAAGAAACUAAACCAUUUAAGGGAUGAUUGGUGUGGAGCAGCAUAAAUAUAAAAGGAGUAAAACACUAUGAUUUAUUUAUAGUGUUAGUACAUUUCAAUAUCCUGAUAUUCAUUUAUUUGUUAGUAAACUAACAAAUAACUAAAUGGAUGAUUAAAGGAUCCAUCUUUAAAAAAUCAAACUAGUAUCAAGUAUGAAAGAAUAUAUCAAAUCAAAAUUUUCUUUCUGUCUGUUGUUAUUUAGCUGCAUGUGUAAGCAUUGAUGUACUUCUUAACACUAAGGAUGCUUUGUGUUGGGAAUACUGCACUGCAUUGGUUUUGGUUUUGUACAGAAAUUAGGCCAAGCUAAAAUAAAUGCUGUUCAUGGACAAAGGCCUCAAAUGGUAAUGUAAGCAGUUGGACAAUUUUUGCAUGAAAUAAAUAUCUAAUGCUAAUGUUAGCUGCUCUCUAGAAGUAGCUCACAAGUUAUCAAAUGGUUUAUGUUGGAUUUUGGCCAGAUGUCCCUCCAUUGUCUUCACAGUUCAGAUCAAGUACUUUUUUUAUUUGUUUACAUAGUACAGGACCUGGAAUACAGUCAGUCAAAAAAAAAGUUUCAGCAUCAUCCAGUUUCAUCAGUUUUUCCCCCCUCAGUCUGACAGCUGAAGGAAAAAUGAUCCAUUAAAAGGCUUCUUCUUAAAGCAAACUUUGAGGGCAGAUCGUUUUAAAGUUAGUUUUGUGUUGGUAUCAGAUGUGCUGCUUGUUUAUUUGCUUCUGACCUGAGCAUCUCUUUUUUUUUUUGAUAAGUUUUUGUUUCCUUUAAGUGCGCUUUUUUUGUAUUGGGCUGUUUGUGUAUUUUCUCCGCACAAAGCCGGGGGCUAACUACCCAAAUGAUUAGAUUAUUUGUUGCAUUAGACAGCUCAUGUUUUUAGUUUCCAUUUUAUUGCAUUUCUCUGUCAGGGUUGAUGUAUAAUAAACAAAACAAAUCCCAUAAAAUGAGGAGAAAUGAUGCUGUCUUAUGCAUUUAUGUUAUCAAUGCACUGUGAUUAUCAUCUAUAUUUGUGAAUUAAUUAGAUGCAGACACACCACAAGAUACAAAAAAGAUUUCGCACAGUCAAUAAAAUCUUUGUUGCAGCUGUGCAUAUCAGUCACUGUGAGAAUAAACAAAGCUGAAUUAAAGCUAUGGAGAAGUCUGACGUCGCACCACAAGGAGCUAAUCUCUCUCUUUUCUGUUGGAUGAAUACCAGCGAUGUCAUGUUCACUUUUUGAGUGAAACAGACCAGAACAGCAGUUUACAAUAAAACGGCUCCUCCCAUCACUGACCAGCAGAACCUGCGUCUUUGAUGAAGAUUAUAGUUAUAUUUAGCUAUAGAUUGGUUGAUUGAUGGGCGAUAGAUGAAUGGAUGAUGGGCGAGUAAUCAUUUUAGGGUUUAUGUAACCAUCUCUUCCUGAAUGGGAUUAGUGAACAUGUUGUGCAAGCUGGUACUCAGUAACAGCUUAUUGAAAGUACUCAGUUCAUGUUGAUGACUUGAUGUUCACUCAAAAUGAUUAUUGAUUCAUUAGUAUGAUUGGGGUAAUGCUUCAAAUGCUUCAAAGUUGUGGAGUAAGCUUUCAUUUCCUGUCUGGUCUCUUCAAAAACACCUCCAAACAACUUCAGCUCAGAGUGCUGCUGCUGCCAGCGUUCGGUCAACUAAGCUCAUAACUCCUGGUCUUAAGUCUUUACUCUGCCUGCCAGCACAACACUGUAACGAUGUAAAAGCCUAAAUCAAUUUGAGAUCGCAAACCGAGUGAAAUCUUCUUAAUGUAAGUUUAUCAGAUCUUUAGGAGGCAGUUAGAUGUUUCCCACAUCAGAACUUGGAUGAGUGGAGCUGCUUUUAACAUCUGUGCUGCAAACUGAUGAAUCAAACUUCUCAAUAAUGCUCAUGCUUUGACUUAAAUUCUUAUUGGAAAUAUUUUUAAAAUAUUUUAUCUACUGAAGAGCUUUAGAGGGACAAGAAAUGAAAAAAAAUCAGGAAUCAAUCCUGCGACUAGUGCGAUGACAGCUGUAGCCUCUGUGCGCUCAAACUGCACAGUCAGCUAUGUCCCACUGCUUAUUCCUUUUAAAGUCAAAUACUCUUCUUCUCUGCCUUUCUAAAUCUCUUUAAAUUGCCUCCACUUUCUUCAUCUAUGAGAUGUGCUGCCAUGUUUUCAGUCAGAUGGUGGAGUUAGUUUUAGGACAGACUGAGAACAGAUAGUUGGUUUGAUGUUACACCUUCUCUGUAAAUACCAAAAGUUGCUGAGGGUCCUUAUUUGUUGUUUAUUUCUCUGUUUCUCAGUUUUGAGGGGGAGAAUGGUCCAUCAUUGUGCUGCAGUCCAUCAGACCCGCAGGCGUCCCCAGGUUCGGGCCUUGUUCUUCAUCCCAACCUGGCGAGUCAUGGCCAGCGGAGGGAGUCGUUUCUAUAUCGCUCUGACAGUGACUACGACCUGUCGCCUAAGUCCCUGUCCCGAAACUCCUCCAUCGUUGGAGAAUUGUGAGUUGAAAUAAUUCAAAUGACAGUCGGCAGAACUGAGCGCUUUGUUCUUUAACUUUGACUCUGCCUUUUAGCUUCUCACACAGCAGAUUUUAAGUUUAUAAAUAACUUUAUAACCUGAGGCUAAAACUAAUAUCUGAUCUCCUUUGAUAAAACUAACCCAGUAAAGCUGAAAGCCAGGAUUUCUGUUUACCUUUGUGAUUAAACUUUUUAUCACUUGGUAAGAACCAAACAGGAGGUACCUACCUCGGAUUAUGCCUUAAACAGGUGGAACCAGCUUCUUAAUCAUCUUCAAUCCACCUUACCUAUUGAUUUUAAACCACUGCUGUUUUUUUUUAACCUCACUUUGUUCAUCUGUGCCAUUUUUAUUUUUUUAUAACAAUGAAUAUUUGCUAAAUAACUUUCAUCCCGUAUUUCAGACACACAGAAGACUUGAUUGUGACCCCAUAUGCUCAGGUAAGAGCUUAUUACUAUUUGAUUCAACAGAGAACAGCAAACUCACCUUAUUCAUGAUUUUUUUUAAGAAUGAUCUAUAAUAAUAAUUACUUUUCAAAAGUUUUCAAUACACACAACCAUGAGAUAACAUUUUUCAUGCAGUCAUGAGUAAAUGUUCUGCCCUCUAGUGGUCUUUAGUACACCCUUUGAAAGUAUUUUGCCAAGGGAUCAUGUCCAGUUUAAACUACACUUGACUUUACAAAAACCUUUUUUUAAAUUUGUCUGUAAAUUGUUAAAAUCAAACAAUAAUAGUGUCAGGUAAGGAUGCUGCCUCUAUUUCAAACUUAAGGUACUGGGUACUGUAUAGUGAUUUUAAACACCCAAUGCAGACUGGUCCGAUAGAUUUCAAACUUGUUGAAGGGUACCAUUUUUUAUUUAGAUGUAGCUGUAACGACUGCAUUGAUCAUAGCAGCAAGUAUCACCAAAACAAGCAAGUAGUCUUUCAGCAUGUUUAGCUCUAACUGAAUGAAAUUUGAACAAGAUACAGAUACAAGUCGUAGAAACAUUUAAAGAACUCAACAAACCAGCUUGUAUUGUGGAGGGAUCACAUUAUAGUCAGCACAUGUUGAUAGUGUUCAUCUGUAUGUUUGAUGUGUGUGUAUCAGAGCAGAGCAUGAAUCUCAUUUAUUUGAAUUUUUUCAUAUGUUGAUCCUUGGCUUCUAUUUUUUUGUGUGUGUUUUAGGUUCUUGCAAGCCUUCGGACUGUGAGGAACAAUUUCACCACCCUGACUAAUGUCCAGUGUGUGUCCAACAAGUAAGUCAUUGCAUAUUAAACUUUUAUAGUGCACAAUGUUUACAGAUUUACAAUUUAGGAUUCAAUCAUUUUUGAGAGGUAAACUCAGUUAAGGAAGCUGUUUCAAUGCGACAGCUGAAGGUGCUAACAUGCCCCACCUGGGGGCGCCAGAGCACUGAAAACAUUUAAAAUUGAAUAUGUUGUGACGAUACCACUAAUAUUAAACCAACUAACAAGAAGAGUGUGAGUACAAAGAUGGUUUGAAGCAGCUGCAGUGUUGAAAUCCUAGCGGUGACAUGGUGACAUUUCGUUUUAUGUUUUGGUGAUCUCAUUUUGAGCGCACUGGGGCUCACACUCAUCGCCGAACUAGGUCACUGGAUGCGGUUUGGCCAGUUUAGCCGGGCACAGAGUCCGAAUGACCUCAGAGGGGGUCAGCAUGAACCAAAACUGAGGUAGCAGAUGUAGCGAUGUCACAUGCAAAAAGUCUCACCUCACCUGUGACCGACUCAGAUAACUGAUGAGGAGGCCCUUGUUUUGAGUUUCUGCUGUGGCAACAAUGACUGCUCAUGAACCCAAAUCUAUAUACAAGCAUUAGUAACACAUCAUUUAAAAUUAACUGGAUGAUUUUCUCUCUUUUUGUAGGAGAUCUCCUGCUGCAAAUCAACCCUCUGUCGCCAAAGUUUGUUUGUCUGGUGAGUCCUGACCUCAGACUUUUGGGAUAAAUGAUAAGUGUUGCAUAAAGAAACCUGCAGGGCAAACAAGCUUGUGCAGAUAAUUGUUAUCAUGUUUUAAAUGUAACCAUCAAUGACUUUUUCAAGUAAACUCUCAACAUCAAAAAAAUAGCAAGUUUUUAGGCAGAGUGAAGUUUUUAAGCUCACAAAAGAAGUUAUUUAUGUUUUUUAUUAGGUGUAAUCAGAAGUUUACAUAUGCUUAAGUCCAGAUGUUUGCAUAUUUGUUAUUUUAAAAGUAUUGCACAUUGGGACAUCUACAUGCAAUAACUUUAGAGGCUGGAGAUUUGUGAGUUUAACAAAAAAGUUGAGGUAAUUCUCAAAAGCAUGUUAGACAAAGGCAGAUAUUGACUUGCAUGGUAAUAAACUUUUAAAAGAACAUUUUUCAUUUUCAGGAAGGCUUACUAAACUCUUGACUUCCUGAGCAUGCAGAAGGUUAAUGUGGUCUCAUACCUAUGCAGGAAUAAAACAAGUGUCUUUGCCGCAUUGCACACACUCACAUAAAACUUUUCAUGUUCACUGAUCUGCAUGCAAACGCUCGUUGAGUUUGAAUAGACUGAAGUUAGAGUUGUGAUUCUUUCUGAAAAUUCCCAUAGCUGCACUGUAACAAACAAUGUUUACGCUCUUGCUCGGUUAUUUCCGAGUGUUUCCACACGUGCAAACAGCAGCUUUAAUCUUGAAUCACUGAUGCAGGAAACUAUGGCUUGAUAACAACACAAAAACUCACAUGCACUGACGUGAAAGCCAUGCAGAAGGAAUGAAAAAGGGUGAGAACCACAGAAAGAGAUUUAAUGCUUCAGAUUGGCAUGGAGGAAGAAGUGAAAAAGGGAGAGGACGCUUGAAAGAAAAGGGAGGAGGGAGGUGGGGAUAUUAGUUCCUGCUGCACUGGUUCUUCAAGCCCGAUUGACGUCAGCACAGCCUGCACACAGCAGUUCUCCACUUCCUAUCAGCACAGAUGGGCUGCUAGGAGCGUCCCGCGGCAGGAAAAAAUACAAGACAACUGUUUGACUCUCAUUGUCCUUCCUCCUCCUCCUCCUCCUCCACACUUCUCACAAACCUUGACCUUCUGAGAGCAAACUGUGACGAGUGAAACCGUCCUGUUGACGGACUCUGUCAGCACAGAAUAAGAAAACAAACAUGAUUCAAUCAGUUUGAAUUUGUUUCAAUGAUAGAUCACGUAUGUUUCUUACACACAUAUUAAUCCUGACCCACAUUUUAUAUGGGCGUCAUCAUCACAAGUUUCUUGACCAUAUAAGGAGCGUUCAGUACACCUGCUGCAGCAGCAUAAUAGUAAUUGUUCAUGUCGUAUCAGAGGAGAGUGCUGCAGUGAACAAUAUCACAAAGAAAGGUGCACUCAUAUCCUCCCUGCGCCUGCUUUCUGUCUCAUUUUUGUCAACUCUUUAACCGGAAAAGGAGAACAGAUUUUUCCUGUUUUGCAUCUCUGUUUUUUAGUGAGGAAAUAUCCCCUACUAUUAUUUUUUUUAAAGAUGACAGUACCUGCGUCUUUCUGGGCAUGAGCUCAGUGUAGACAGCUGAUCAGAGGUUACAGGAAAUCUUGAAUUUGUCCAUAAAGGGAUUGAGAUGGGUGCUUUACAAUAAAGUGAAACUUAAGAGAGGUAGGGGGGGUUAUGAUAAUUCCUGUAGGAAAAUGGUGAAGUUACACGUAGACACUGAGUGGGUUCAAGAACGAGUGACAGAUCAUUUCAGGGAAGGAGAUAGAAAAGAUUAAAAACACAGCAAAGGUCACAAAGGGAUGUUGGCAAGUCUUUUUAUCAGAUGCAGCAUGAGAGAAGCAGAAAAAAAGGUCAGACCGGAUAAAAUAAACAAAAAGCAGAAAGGUGACCACAGUGACUGGGUGAAUGAGUGCAGGAAUCAGAAAACUGGGGGGUGUAUUUCAGAUCAGUUCAGCCUCACAUGCGUCACUACAGGCUGUUUACACGGUUAGUCAAUCUAACCCAGUAACGUGACGGGAUUGAAGUGUUUCUCGUGCCAGUCUGAACUUACGCUUUACAAACUGUCUCGGCUCCAUCACAUGCAAUCUCAUGAGCCCGGCGGCCAACAAAGGGCUCACUCUUCCCUGAUUCAUUCAGAUUACAAGCUUUGUUCUAUAUUACGCACAAUAAAUGAUACUUUGAGGGAAAUUCAGAUGCUGACGUCUGUAACCGUCAAGGACUGCUGAUUAAUCAGUAACGGUCAUUACCGGCUUUGGCUGAUUAUUGUCGCAAACGGAGGAGACUCCAGGGGCCGUGGUUAGUCAUCUGACUGAGAGGAGCGUGCAAAACAUCAUGUUCUUGGAGUCCAUGUUCACUUUAAAAUUAAUAUUUACACAAUGCCUUUAGGAAUACAGUCGGGGCUGCCCACAGUGAGGCCUGUUUGCUACAGACCACCGUGGCUGAAUUGAAAAUUUCCCCCCCACGUGAGAAAAAAUCAGCAUGAAGAAAACAACUCUCUACAGCUCUGCUUGAUCCUUAUGUGGGCACUUUUAGAUGGACUCUCUUUGAUUGAAAUGUUCAGGAAUAUAAACUCCAUCUAUGGAAUAUUUCUGCAGAGAACUGUGAUACUAAAUGUAGAGCUUUUACAUUGUUCUACUUUUCUACAACUCGCCCACUUAACAAGCAGAGACAUAUUUAUAGAGUCCUUUUAUAGUCUUUUAAUCAGAUGCAACAUGAGAAGCAGCACUUAUAAUACCAAACAUUUCAGUCUCUUUAAUAUCUGCACAUUCCUGUCAAAAAAGGAUUCACAAUUUACAUCAUUUCAUGGAAUAUUUGUUAUCGUCUCAUCUUAAAGAGAUCAGCUGUUUUAAGUCUGAGAAAAUAAGAGAAACUGUUCCAGUUAUUUUCCAUCUUGAUCUAUCUUUCAUUAAUUUUUCAGCUCAUAGGGAUAUUUCAACGUAAAUUUAAGUUAUGGUCAAACACAAUGAGUGCAGCCGAGUCUCGCAGCUCAAGGAAGAACAUUUAUGAUUAUUACUUACUGGAAAUGCAAUCGAGUUCUUGUGUAUCUUGUAUGUACACUGCAGACGCGGUAGUUCUUCUGCCUUAGCGUCUCAGUCUGAUUGUAUUUCCAUUAAUUAAUUAUCAUAAAUUUUCCACUGCACUCUGUGAUCGACUCGUCAGGGCUCCCCCCACAAACAAGCGGCUGCUGGAAGAGAGUAGGUGAGUUGUGUUUAGUCUCUUUGCUAAAGAAAUCAGGCAAAGUUGAAAAGGUGUUUGAUGGGUAGUGCUAUAUCUGGGACCCUAUAUGUACUGUCGAUGAAGUUAGGUGCUGUUCUGAGCAUUGUUUGUGGCUUUAGAGUGGCAUUUUGGUUGAGGUUUGUGCAUGGAUCCAUAGACCGUUUGGCAUUGCUAUCAUGCAGUCUUUACUAAAGUUGGUAUAACUAGAGAAGCAAGCAGUCGGCAACAUUCAUCUCGUGAGGGGGUGUCUUACUCGGUGUUAUGGUGUGUUUGACCAUAACUUAAAUUUACGCUGGAAUAUCCCUUUAAUAUUGCAAUGUAUCUUAAUGUGUUUGCACUGCAUUGCUCUGUCAUCAUGUCUCCUGUAAGGCCUCAUAUGGGAAAAUAAAGUUUGAGCUUUGUUUCAGACCUCUCUGACGCAGACGUAGGGACAAAGAGUUUAAUUAUCAUCAUUAAGCUUUGUUGUUCUCCUUCAUGAGUGUAAGUUAAGAGACUUUCUGUAUUUCUUCCCUUAUUUCCAUCUUUCUUUAAAGAAUUGAUGUCAGCUAGUCUUUUCAGCUGUUUCAAGAACUGAGAGCAUUUCAAACUGUGCAAAAUGACUGAAGCAAAGCAACAAACAUACACACUCUUUGCCUUGAAAGUAAACAGACACGUGACUUUGUGCGUAAACCGGCCAGGGCGUGGGGCCCUGCACAGUAAGCCUUACUCAUUUAUCUUUUGUCCCUUUUUUGUAAACAUGUCUUUUCAGAGAAUAAAAAGGCUGACUAAUCUCAAACAGGUCUGUCUUAGGAAAUAGAAAUGAAAGAAAAAAGGUCUGUUGAUUGGAAGUAAUCUGCAGGUUGAUGCAAUGUACACUUAAUCAUUUUUGAAUCAGGGUGGGAGUGUUGCAGUGUGUGGGCAGCUGGGUGUGCAUACACGGUAAAGUAUGGAAGUCUUGUAUGAGGACAGAGCAAAUGUAAUGAGGUGUAAUUUGUCUGUGGAUGAGCAGCUGAACACAAACUGACAGCCAGAACAAAUUUGACCUGUCACUUUACAGUCCAGGCUGUCUGCUACGCUCAUCUCCUCUGCUGCUGCUGGUGCUGUUGCUGUUACUCUGCUCCACAUUAGGAGUCCAUGUCGGGUUUUCCAGGCCAGCAGCCAGAGGAGAGGAUCCGGAGGGCUGGAAGCGUGCAGCCUGGUUAAGUAUUUGAAUUAUGUCAUUGACGUCAGCACAGUCAUAAACCUCACUGCGGCCCAUCCCUCAGGCUGGCCCGUGCCAACACUGCUCCAUGGUGCAUUGUGAGGGAGCUGUCAAACAGGCUCUGAUGAGGUGUGUGUGUGUCUGUAUGUGUGUGUGCGAUUGUUUGUAUAACCCUUGAAGCCUUUUAUUUUGAUACAGAGAAAGAUUAAGUUGCAGUUGUAAACUAUGAAGAGACAUUAUCAGGUAUGAGGGUUGUUUGUGAAAGAGGACAAAGGCUGACAACGUGGUUUCGAGGUUGGUCUUUUACCGUAAAAGGUUAAAGCCAUUUCAUUUUAAAGACAUCUUAUGUAAUAUAACAACCUGCCAUACAGUACCUGCCUAUAUUAUUUAAGUACCGGAUUAACACACCCCGUCUCUAACUCCUUAUUCUAUCUUUUUUUCUCUGAAUACGUGAAAAACUUUGCUGUUUUUGACUGAAAGAGAAACACCUUAAUCUGAUGAAAGAUUUUCAGAUAAGACAUGUUGCAACUGAUAAUCAUCGAGUGGUCAGGUCUGCUCUUGAAACAACAACAACAACUACCAGAAAUCAGACCUAUACUUACAAAUGCAUGUUAGAAGUAAGUUUUACAGCAGUUUAGUUUAAAUCACAGCAACAGAAAUAGAAAUAAUUUUGUGUUAUGAAAUAAAUGAAGAUACGGUUGGUUUUGAAACCUUGAACUGCUUAAAUUCAAGAUUUCAAGAUUUGUUUAUUUGUCAUAUGCAUGUUAAACAAGGUCAACAAUGCAAUGAAAUGCCCUGGAUGAGAGGGCUGCUCAGCUCAAAUGAUUACAGAUAAAACACACAAUAAGUACUGAGAGGAAUACAAUAAAAUAAGGACAUAUAAAUAAGGAAUAAGGAAAAUAAGGAAGUAGGUGCUGAGUGUGAACGUAUGAAAUGGGGAAUAAGUCGGUGGGAUAAAUGAGGUAUGAAUUGCCAUAUUGCACAUGAUAAAUAAUGGUGUACGAAUUGCUGCAUUGCACAUGAUAUUGCAUGAUUUAGAAUUAGUUUAACAUUUUAAAUUCUUUUAUCAUUUUUUUAUGUGUGUGCAUGAAGAAACUAUUAAAGAAAAUAAAAGUUUAAACUGAUCUUUAAACAUCACAUGAUAGAUUUGGAAAAAAAAAUUCAAGACUUAAACACACUUUCUAAAUUUAGAGCAAUGCACAAUAUGCAAAUACAAUCAUAAAGCAGGAGUUUGGUUAGUGAUAUUUAAAGAGCAAAUAGUGAAGUUUAAGUUUCACUCAUUAAUUAUAGAAGUUAAAGGUUAUUUUACCACUAUGUGUUUGUUCACUUGUCUCAUUAACCUCCAUGUGCUGCUCUCUGAUUGGACCAACAUCCAUAUCCUCCCUUGUUUCUCAAUGUCAACUCUUCUUCAUACCCUCCUAUCAUCUUGUGUGUAAACUGACGUACAUUGGGGAUGAUACGAGAGUGAUUCAUUAUCUGUCUCAACUCCACGUGGAGAACAAAAGGAAACAAACACCGCUGGUUUGUGCUGAGGUCGAGAUGAGGAAUGUGGUUUUUUGCGUACGUGCUGAUAGCUCGGAGCUGUUUACACUUUGACUUAAGGAUGACUCAAGUCUUUUUCAUUGACCCUCUGUUUAAAUUGGCCCCAUUUCUCCCUGACAAGUUGAAUUAGUCUGAGUAAACAAGAAAUAAGCCACAUUAGUCACUGUGUAAAGUCAGUCUCCCCAUGAAAUCUAAAAUUCCCCAUGAAAACCUCAACUGUAAAUGGUACCUGUCAAACUUCUGACAGAGAAAAUUAGGGACAUCCCAAUCAGCUUUUUUGGUCCUGUUCCUUUUUUAUGAGUAUCUGCAGAUACACAUUUGUGAUUCAAUUACAUUGUCGUAAAACUUCCAUAUAAAAGAAAAUUGACAUUUAUUUGUUGGUUGUUUAUUCUCCAUGUGUAAAUACUCACAGAACAAACUCAGUUCUGCCACAUUAUGCUGUAAAUCCUCUCACGUGUUGUCCUAAACUUUGCUGCACAGCUCCAGUAAGGCCAAACAAAGACACGUGGAAGAACUAAUUUAUGUUUGAAAUAUGGUCUUAAAAACAAAUUUACAAUGCAGAAUAAUCAAAAUUUAAAAAUGUAAAUUAAAAUACAAAAAUUAAGUUUGUUGUCUGGCUGUGGCUGCCACAAUGUCAUAGUAUGUUGGUUUGUUUUUGAAGCCUGAAUGUCAAUAGAUGGCAGGUUAUCCAAAUUGAACAGUCCUGAUGAUGUCUAAUAGAUUAGUAAGUAAAUUAUUAUUGUUAUUCUUUAUAAACAAAAUGAGACUCUAGUUUUGGGGACCUGAUCACUUUUGUUUACUUAUCAGCUUUAGGGGGUUGAGAGUGCUUGUGAACAUAAGAUAAUAAGUACAGUUGUCAUACUGCAGGAGGAACACUCAAAUCUGAUCACUAAAAUCAUUUCUCUCAUUCCCACUCUCUGUUCAGCCAUUACCUGAUUUUUGCAUAGAAAUUCACUAGAAGGCAUAAAAACUUCUGACAAUGAAAGGAUGAGGUAGUGACUCAAGCAGCCAAGCUGAUGACUAGCAGACACCCAUCUGUUGCUCAGAGCUUCACACCCUCAACUGUGGAAAACUCUCAGCUUUAAUUGUACUUAGGCAACAGAGUUACACCAAAAGUUACAUGAAAAGAAAAAUAAGUCGUUGGGUUCAAACCGUUUUUGUGUGUCGAGUUGUAAACAUGUUCAUUUCUGCAGUUAAUUUAUGUAUUUAGCUAGGAGACCUAGUCAAGAUUGGCACGCUGUUGGAGUCAAUCCCAAGUGGUCCCCUUGAAGAACUGCAGAAUUUGGCAUUUAAAAUGUGUUUAAUUGCAACAAGGUUGUUGUUUUCAGCUAUUACAAAACUUAAAAUACGAUUUGUAUAGAUAUAAAGUGAUGAACUGAUUAAACAAGCUCCUUGAUGAACAGCUAUAUAAUAAUACAGCUUACAAACUCUUAAACCAAUUAUUUUAAAAAAUCUAAUCAUAUAUUUAAAAUAAAAGAAGCAGAAUUUCAAAACUUUUACUUAUAAUUCAGUAAUCUACAUUUGUAUUGAUCCUCACAGAUUGCCCUGUGGAUGUUGGUUUAGGUAAGGGUGUCCAGUGUUGUGCACAGAUUUUUCGUCCUGACAGCAAGGGCUUUUGGGGGGGGUGGGUUGAGAGCACAGAGCAGGGCAGUGUGAGGUGGAUGUGAGCGGAAGGUGUCUCGGGUGGGAAUGGAGAAUGGAGGUGGGAGGCGGAGGUGGGGGAGGUUUGAGUCCAGCCCCGGUCGUUGGUGCAGUUGAUGGCUCUCACAGAGGCCGGUUUGUGGCCCUUUUGGGGUGAGAGUCGGAGGGAAAUAGGGGAGGGGGGGAGGCAGACGGGGUCUGUCUGCACACUGAGGUCUGUUGUGCUCUCUGCAGCCUCCAGCAUAUGGCCAAAGCAUUAGGACUCGACCAGGAAAAAAAAAACUUCCACUGAGAAGAGAGGCUGGAAAAGUACCUCGCACUCUGUCUGGGUGCAGGUUUUCAGACUGAAAGUGCGUCACGCCACCUUUGACUAGUGACACUGUGAAAUGUGUCGGCCUAUUUAGCUCUGUAUUUGUUAUCAACCAAAAGCGAUGAUGUAUUCAGCUGUUUAAUCUCUGUUUACUGUGAGCGUGUGUUUGUGCAUAACUUUGUCUGAUUACAGCUUGAACUCAAUUAAAUCACGGCGGAGACUUGUGGCCUCAAGACCAGCUGUUGUCAUUUUGAGGAAAAAAACAACAGAUGAAAAUGUGAAGUUCGGCCUGAUACAGCUCUAGACCUGUGGUUUGAAGCCAGACAGCGAGACCAGAAAUCUUUUGUUCUACAUCUGAUGGUUUUAACUGCCAUCACAUCCCGGACUGUGUAAUGAAUAAACCGCCAGCUUCAAACUGACCUGAUUGGCGGUCACGAAGGCGGUACGGUCAAGCCAAGCCUUUGAUGUUUUCCAAACUGCAAAACGUCUCUAUAAGUCCUCAUUGGAGGAAAAGAGGGCAGGAUGUGGUUGCACCUUCUUGGCAUGGUCUCCGGCUCCUAUGGCUCAAGACAGCCGCACGUUGGUGUAUAACCAGUUUCAACAGCUCAACGCCUUGUGCACAAGCUGCUUUGAUGCUGUACUUUCAGCUCUGUGUCACUGAUUUUUACAUGACUUGGAUGCCAGUGGUUCUUGUGAAUAGUUUGGGCCAGGAAGUUUGGCUUCCAGCAGUAUAUUAUCGCCAAGGGAUCCUUGAAUUCUCCAACCUCGGGCUGAAGUCAAGGAAAAUUUGUCUGACCUGAAGAAUAAGGCUAGAGCGAGCAGUCGGCUCUUGUAACCAGAGGAGCUGGUGGCCUGGUUUCUAAAAUGCAGAGUCAGUCUUUAAUAGUUGAAAUUUGACUCCCAUAGAUUCAGAGGUGCAGCUGUCAUCAUGAUCCCCUGAUACCUUCAGUGUUUAAAGGUUUGACAGUGCAGAAACCGUCUUAGAGUUCAUUGAAGUUCUCUGUCAAGCACCGGUGGUUCAGAGUCUGUACGCCAUCACUCUGCUUUGAAGUGCUUUGAUCCACUAUAUUGACGUAAAUUGGGGAGCAGCACGCUGGCUGUCCUGUUGUGCUUAGCAUAUGGGGUAAAUUUCUUCCAUGUGUGAAGCCCUAUGAAGUAGAGAUCAGUCUUUUCCAAAGAAAAAAAAAAAAAGGUGGGUAGAUCCAGAUGCGUUCAACGUUCACUCCCUCCAGGCAGAAAUUUGUUGAAUCAACCUUCUGCAUGCUACAUGAGAGACAGAUGCUUUUAAUUCAUUUCCUCAUGUUUUAUAGUUUCAGAGAAUUUCUCAUAAACCACUUUUUCACUUCCAAAUCGCGUGCGUCUGCCCACAUGUGAGUAAUAACUGCUAAUGACGAGGUAUUUCAUCAAAUGACAGCUGUGAUUCUCACUCCAGCAUUCAGUCAUAAUUCCACUCCAUGUUUUGUGCGAGUUUAGGGCCAAAGAGGAAGCGCUUUGGUUUCUUUGGCACACAACAAGACCCUACCCCCCCCUCCAAUUCAGGGAGUCAAAGUUUGCCUCUCGUGUUGCUUGUGCAAACAUAAAGUUUGGUGUUUCAUUUAAUUUUUUCCCUCCCUUGGAGAGGUUCAGAGAGGAGAGAGCCAGUUUGUGAAUCAUGGUGUGAGCUGCUCGCUGCGGAUCAGCAGAGUGAAGCCUUGAAGUGGUCUGCACGUCUCUGAGACAAAGUGAAGGAAAUCGUGGGGGUGUCUUUGCAGCAGCGACAAAGUGCAUCUUAAAAGUUCUGGUGUUGUUUUUCUUGCUUUUGAGAUAAGUCUGACGUACGGAGGUCGUUAUGAUGCAUUUGUUUUAGAGGAGGAGAAGAUAGUGUGAAGAUAAAAAGCACAUAAAGACUCCUCAGGGGGGUUGUUGUUUGUGUUCUGUACUGGAUGUGUAUGCACACAUCAUUUGUAUGUGUUGAAAGGAGAGGGGGGUCACAGACACAUCAACAGCAGGAGGCAGCAGACCGCCUAGUCUGCACGCUGUCCAUUCAGCAGAGCGCUUCUGAAAGGGGAUCCUGAGAGGGGGGCGGAGGAAGCAGACAGAGAGGGAGGGGGUUUGAAGAGUGCACGAGAGUAAGGAGGAAGAGGGGGUACAGAGAGAAAGAGACUACAGAGCGAGAGUGUGCAAACAGAAACUCCAGCCUCAGUUUGUCUGAGAGUUAGACUUCCCUGAACUUUUCUGAGGUGGUGAAGCAAAAACGAAAUGAAGGAGCUCUGUGUACACACCUCCCCCUCUUCCUCCACGUCUCCCGGAUGUCCUGCAGGCCAGUCCCCUGUGAGAUCAGGCCACUCUGGGACCCUCGGACCUCCACGCAUGGUGUCGGGGGGCUCCGCCAUAGACAUGGAUCCUCUGGGGUCUGAUUACGUGUCCAUGUGUCUGUUGGCAGAUGAAUCCUACCAGAAGCUGGCGAUGGAAACCAUGGAGGAGCUGGACUGGUGUCUGGAUCAGUUGGAGACCAUCCAGACCUACCGCUCAGUCAGUGACAUGGCCUCAAACAAAGUAAGAGACUUUAUGACCUCUUUAUUUGUAUUUGCACAUGUGCAAAAGAGUGCACAUGCCAAGUUUCUACGAAGUUUUGCAUCCAUACACCCAAUAAUGUGGCUUGAAAACAAAGAAUUUGUUUGGGUGUUUUAGCUAAAUAACAAAAUGCAAAAAAACUCCAGAAGUUUUUACUGUACAAGACUUUAAAUAUUUUUAAAUCAUUAAAACUGAAACAUUAAGAAGUCCAAGAGUUAAAAGGAUUUUGAGAAGAUGCAUUUUAAAGUUUGUAAUGUCUAAAUUGCAAGUUUAAAAAGUUGUCUCAAAGUAUUUUAUGCUCUUGAUUGUUGGUAUUAAUAAAAAUCUCUCCAAAUUUAAACCCUGAAUACUGUCAUGAUCAUCCCCAUAAAACCUCUGAGACACACAGCCUUCAGUGAAGUCAGAUUAAUUUCACUGGUAUAGGCACAGCGUACUUAUCUGCUAUCCGUUCAAUAUGAUGUGUUUGCUUUUCUCCAGUAUGUAAUCUGUAAUAUGAAGUCAGAGAGCAUGAUAUAAGGAUGGUGUGUGUUACUGUAUGUUAAUCUCUGACUCAUAUACAGCUGCACAGUUGAUCUUUGUUGCUGCAUGGUUCCCAGUUUGCACGGGGUACGCAAAAUGUUAAUUGCCUCGAGCCACACUGACGCACUUGCAAAGUAACAGCCGCUCUGUGGUCGGGCUAGAGCUGGCUUCAUUGUUUUAUGGAUGUCUUGUAUAAAGUAAUCAGCAGCAUUUAGUUUGCAUGCAAGAUGAGUGAGUUCCAGGUAUCUUUGAAUGCAUUCAAGCAGGAUUUCCCGGGAAAACAUUAGUCUGCUGCUCAUCAGUCUGUUUCAAUUAUUCAGCUGAGCACAUGUUACACAGCGAAGCUGAGCUGCAAAUGAACAUGCAUCGCAGUUUUAUUCAGCACACAGACAGCUGUCAUUGAUUUCAGCGUACAGUGAAUAUUGGCUCUGUUGUAAUGUUUACCUCGGUUAAACACUGGUCCACUUUCUGCAGUGACGUCAUCGCUAAAGGUCACUCUUGACUGACACACAUCAAUUUGGCAGACUACAGUUUAAGAUUAACAGUAAGUAAAGUGUCAUGGAAGGAAAGGUCAUUGUAAAAUUAAAGGUGCAUUUUACCAUUUUUUAACCCUUCAAAGAGCAGCAGUUACAGUUAUGUUGUUGUAGAUCAUAUUCACUCUGAAGCUGGUGAGCAAGCUAAUUGAAUGCACUUAAUAUAUUCCCCUUUAACUGUGAGACAGACAAGGUCAUUGUGACUGUAUCGCUUCUUUUAGCCGAGGAAGCAGCAAACGUUUGUGCAACAGGACUGACAUACUAAACAUUUCCUGUUUUUUAUACUAUCACAAUACAUUACACUGAAACAAAAACUGUCAAUAGGUACUGCGGCCGUCUGAUGGGUCUGAUUAAUUCCUUUUUCUCAUAAAGGACAGCUGGCCAAAUGCAUGAGACUAAACAAGGUUUCCUCAAGAAGCUGGCUUGAACGCACUCCCAGUAACUACAGUAUAGUGACUAUAAUAGCUGAAAUGCAUUACCUCAGAGUCUGUUUUUAUUCAAAUGAAACCAGUAUUCAGUUUAUUUGAGGAUUCUCUCAAAACAAGAGUGAAAUUAGAGAUUAUUCAAAUAACACCAUCCACUUUUUUCAAAAUUUCACAUGCAGUCGCUAAAGAACUAAAUAGUGCCUAAGCAAAGUGGAGCAUUUCAGUAAGUUAUGUGCUUUCUUAACAAGACUUGGAGGUCUGUAGUCAUGCUAUCUACUUUUUUAAGGCUGCAAUUCGGACAUAAGACCAGCUAAAUGCUAAGGUUAUCUUGCUAAAAUGUUAUAGUAUGCUAGCAUGCUAAUAUGCUAAUGAUAAAUGUAAUCAUAAAAUUGAUCCUGUUUAUUUGGCAAGAGCGUGAGUAAUUUAGCUAAAAUCCAGUUAUUUAUCUGAGGUUUAACGGCCACAUUCUUGAUCAAAAAUUAUAUGAACACCAAAGUUGGUGCAAUCCUCCGGAGGAUGGUACAAAUAUAUUUUCUAUUUUUUAAUCACAAUUUUAGUUUCUGUCAAUCAGUCCAACUCCUGCAAGUGGAUCUCUGUACAAAAUACCAUGUUUAAUAAAAAAGGGGUCAUUGUUGGAUAACCCUGCUGGUAUCCCUAAAAAGCUAAGCACUACAGUUUCAACCAUAAGCAUGAGAAAAUAUAUUUAUUUCAUAUUUUAAAGUAACAACAAAGAACUUCAACUUCUGAAUAAAACACUAUUUGAUAUGCUGAUAACAAUAGCUAUAAAAAUGGACCCCUACACUUUGCUUUGAUGCAAAUAAAUGACCUUCCUUUCAUAUUGUGUAAGUGCAGAACUGACAAAUUACAGUGCACAUUAUUACUCAACUCUGCAGACAGUGGAGACUGUAUGGCGGCGUCAAGUUAUAAACACCCUGGGUGGCAUUGUCCAUUUCCGUCUGUAUUCUGUGGUCUGACUGGGGGAGGAUUGGGCUGUGGGGUGUUUUCUGACUGUGACGGGUGACUGUGACCGUGACACCGGUUUCCUGUUUCUUUAUUUCCCGUGCCCCCUGCUGCCUCCUCUCCUCUUCUCCAUGGUUACCAGACGACAAUAGCUGUACUCCGACCGCGCAGGUUGAGAUUUCACUGAGAUCCGCGUCACUGGGACUGUCGGGACAAUGGGCACAAGGCCCUGCAGGCGCAUAGCAGCACAGCCGCCUGGUCAGGCAGGCCGGGCACAUUGUUUCUCAUGAGUCAGAGUUCUGUCUCUAUGACCCAACACCAGCACAGAGCAUUGUUGACCAACACUGUUUUUUGAAAGAACACGGGUCAAGAGUUUAUGAUGUUCAGCUCAGGAUUUGUCACUUCACAAGAUUGUUGUGCAAUUGCACAGAAAUUGCAAGGAACAUUUUAUUGGUUCAUAUGUUUUAUUGCAAAAUUGUCGUCAUAAACAGUCUAAUUAUCACACUGAAGUCGUAAUUCUGUGUACUCACCAUUAUUAUCAGAGGGUUUGUUCUGGCUAAUAACAGCUUUCUAAGGUUUGCUGUUUCUAAAGGGCGGUUUCAAUGGUAGAGUUGAUAUUGUUCUGAUUUUAAAGGUUGGCUGUUUGAUCCACAAGUGUCAUGGGAAAGUACAUUGGAUUACAGAUACUUCUGGAUAGAAUAAAACUGAUGAGUGCUUUCUAUAGGGCUGGGCGAAAAUAUACUGAUAUAAAAUUUACUACAUGAACAAACAUCAUUUUGCCCUUAUUGGUAUAUUUUGUGUCAAAAAAUAAUUAAAGAUAUCGUCCAUUUAUCGUUAUUGAAGCGAACUGCGCAAUAUAUUGUGAUUUUGAUUUGAGGCCAUAUUUCCCUGCCCUAACUUUCAAUGGCAGUUUCUGCCAUCAGACUUUGCAUGUGGUGUGAGUGGGUGAAUAUGUAUUAGUUCCAGAAGUCUAAAGGUCAUGGUGAAGGAAGUGACCAAAUUAUAGAGAGCACAAAAAACAAUAAGAAUUGAAGGAGGCUCUGAAGUGGAUCAAACCAUUUCAGAGGAAGAAUUGAAAACACUUAAAACUCACAUUUGGCUUAUUUUCUGCUAUAUUAUUGAUUUCUGCCAGCCAGUGUAAGAAGGCUGACAGUAUUUAGUGAGUGGGCUGUUAUUCAGUCUGGGUUUUAUUCCAGUAUAAUAACUCCUUCAGUCUACAUUAUCCCUGACUUAACUCAGAAUCCGCAGGCUUUUGCUCCUUCCCAUCGUUUAGAUGAUGUGAUGUUUGACAAAGAGCCCAUUUCUUCUCCGAGAGGAUGUAAUUGAACCCAACAUCGAACCCUGAGUGUCUCCUCUUUCAGCGUCCAAGGACGCAGGUGUAGCCGGGUCUACAGGGACCACACACCCUGUUGACCGCCAGCCUGGUCGCCGUGACCUCAGAGCAGGGGGGAGCUGCUUCCCUGCCCCCUCACUAUCAUUACCCUCGCCACACUAACACGCUGGAGCUGGUGACGGCCUUGCACAAACUCUGCCAUCUGAAUCCAGUUAGAGGAGGGUAGGGCUCUGUGGGUUAGCGUGCGAGUGAGCAAGCGAGCCCCCGAGCGGGUAGGAAACUUUAACUCACGUGUGGUCACUCUGACUUUGAAGCGCCGCCGUCUUUAGAGGGGAAAAAAUGACAGAAUUAUUGAAACAGAUGUAGUGGUGGGUUUGUAGCUGCAGCAGGGGUAAUGGACAUUAAAUUAUAGUGUUUUGAUUUGGUUUGACUGAAGCUGCAGUAGUGAUUAUGGUGCCUAAUUGUAAUUAAAAAGUUCAACCUCUGUAAUCUGAUGUGAGCAUGGAAAAUGAACCAGAAUGAAAGAGUUAAAUGAGAGCCACUUUGGCCCCUGACUUCUAGGAAACGUCUUUCUAGUCUUUCCCAACUGUGAAACUGGCUAAUACUGAACCUGUUUGCACAAUAAACAACCUUACAUGGAGCAGAGGAAGCAUUGGAUCACUAUGGUUUCUGUUAGAUUGCAAAGCCAAGUAUAGCAAAAUGAUAUUAAGCUUUGCAGUCCCAUUUCCACCUCUGUUCUUCCUGAAUGAAGACUAAAAUCACACUGCAAACCCUGAGGAAACUUUUAAAGACUCAUCCCAGAUACAUAAAAGUAGUCCGUGAUUUUCCCCCACAUUACGUCAGCUUAGCUCUCUAUUUAUCUUGCCGUCUGGGACUUUUCAGUGACGAGCUCAGGUAUGUUAAUUGUUUGUCGCCUGAAGCUAUUCCAGAAAGCAGGAUGUCUACCAGUAAGCCACUUGUGUGAAGUUCAGAGUAAAAAGUAGGAGGGGACACAUGCUCGGGCCUGUGCUAGAAGGAGGAGCCAUCCAUCUCCUGUUAGACAGAAGAGGCCGGUCAGUCAAGUCAGGCUUUAUCGCCAUACGUUUCCUGCCUGACUCCACUUCACAAAAGACUGUAUAGAGAGAGGAAGCAGGCUCACUCAAGAGGAGUUACUGCUCGAGAAACUGAACGGGAUUUCUUUCUUUUCUUUUUAGUUGUUUUUGAGGUUUUUGUAAAGUGACAAUGGGACUAUGUUGUUCUGAAAAGCAGGAGAAGAACUUUGAGAUGCUCACUGGUUGGAAAAAGGUGAGAAAGUUUUUUGUUUUCAUGGUGCAGCUGGAGUUUAGAGGGGUUUAUUCAAAAGAAAGUUAAAUAGUUUGAUGUCGAGUCAAAGGAUCAGGAAGUUUUAAAUAUAACUUCACUGUUUGAGUCCUUGCUCUUUGAUUUCUUUCUGAUCUUUUUGUUCUUAAAACUGUGGACAGAUUUCACUGAAAAACUGUGCAGAGUUUUUUGAAGUCAUUAAACUGAGUUCAGAUCCGAGUAGACUUUUGGCUCGAAGCCCAUGCAGGACAUUUGCAUGAGCACAGUGACUCCAGUGUGAUGUGGCUCACAAGCUUUGAAUAUUGAAACUUCAUGAGCCACAUCAGCUUAUCGCUUACCUAGAAUCAAGUCGAGUUUUUAUGUAACACGCGGAGGUUACCAAAGAAGAGAGUCUGUUCUGAGUGAGCACUAACGUAAAAGGAUGUAUGAGUGACCGCCGUGCGUUGAGUAAUCUCUAUUCUCCUGAAAACACUCACAGGCUUGGCGUCACGAUGUGAACGCACACUGUGUGUCUGAGCUGAACUAUGUGACCCUGUGUGACUGACAUGUGGCCUUGGAGCUCAUUCAUUCCCAACAGGUCACAAUAAUCCACACUGUUCUGCUGCUUCUCUCAAGAAUCAAUGACAAGUUUGCCUUUGAAUGGACUCAAGGCGUCUGAUUCCAGUUCACAUUUUUGUCCUUACGAGCUCCCUUUUGAUUUUUAUGGACAGCCUCUGGCACACUGCGUUUCUGAGCGCGGUCCAGGGCUUUGAAAGUGGUUUUCAAGUUUCACAGUCAAGUGGAUGUUUGCCGUCUGCUUGACAGCUAUUAGACAGCUGUUGAGACCAGAGACGGCGUGGUUCUGUAGAGAAAGAAAAGACCUCAUAAAGAAGUCCUGGCAAAAGGCUAACAAAGGCUGAUUUGCUUUUCUUUUUUUUUCUUUUUUCAGAACAGGAAAUUAGAAUCACAUUUCAGGAGACAGGAAAAAAAAUAAUGCACUAUUAUUCCACUGAACUCAUUAUAAAGAUUAGGAUGUGGUUUACAUCUGAGCAUCGCUUUUCUUGAAAAGGAGAGCUUUUUGUCAUCUGAAUCUGCAGCCUGACACAGCCUGCACUUAUGUUUUUAUACCAUUUAGCCCAGUUAUGUCACUCCAAAGCGCACACUGUGCAUUUACUGUGUGUGUGUAAAUGUGCGCUUGUUCAUGCCCGUGUGUGUGUGUGUGUGGAUGUAUGUGAUGCAAUGCAUUUAGAGUGGGGACCACCGUGAGAGCAAAUGAAGAGGGGGCCAUGUGACUCUGUUGCCAUGGCGUUCAGGUUGUCGUCCAAUUGGUGGUACACUGGUGGGUGGCAGACUGAAAACUCUCUCAUCUGUCGUCUUCUAGUAUGUCUUUUUUAUUAUACACAGAGCGGCUGCUGCAGAGAGGCACAGGCACGCUCUGUUUUAGGGGAAAAAUAAAAAAGCACAAAAAAAAAAAAAAAAUGAAAUGAGCUGUGCGGUGGAAUGUGCACACAAGCUUAUGAUAAAGACCCAAUCUGGUAAAUUAAUACCCUGCGUCUCCUCUGCCAUGUGAUAAACACAGCAGUGCUUUGAAGACUCACAUUGCGCACUCUGCGUCGGAUCUGUUCUGCAUUACUGAGCAGGGGGAGCGCAUGGGGAAGGAGGGGGAAAGGAGGGAAGGGGGUUGCAGAGAGUAGAGGAGAAAGGGAGAGAUAAGGGGGGGAUUCUCCAAACUCCUGUUUUCUGCAGUGCUGUGCAUGGCUCAGUCUUCUGUGAGGGGAGGGAGGCAGAGAGAGAGAGGGAGUGAGUGAGGGAGACAGACUCCAUCAGUCUCUCUGCCACAGGGGACUCUACAGCGAGAGCUCACCCCCUCCUUCUCCUUGUCUCACUGCAUCCCUCCGUUCCCUUCCCUUCCCUUCGUCUUAGAGUCUUCCUCCCUGCUUUGUUCAACCCGGGCUGAGGGAAGGCUGGAUUUCCCCCUAUCGUGUCACUGGAUAACGCUUGGAUUGUGAUUCAAAAGACUGACAGGAACGGUUUGAACCCGAGAAAACAAAAGGAAAUAUUGAUUGCUUCGAGGGGGGAUUCCAUCACUCCGCCAGCGGCUUUGCAAUCUGGGGAAAACAGAAGGCGACGAUAUGAAGAGGCAAAAUUGGUCGAGGAUGUAGUGUAGGGGUCUGCCGCAGCCCCUUUUUUGGCGGUUCAUCUGGGGCGUUUUCUUUACCGCAGUCGAGUGUCAAGGUGGGGAUUUGGUGGCGUUUGGCGCUGCAGGUUGCAGGGCUGAGCGCAGCCUUGGGUUCCACUCAGAGAGGAGCGUACAGGGCUUCUGCUGGGGAGCACCAGGGGCUCAGCACAGCUCAGCACCAUGCCUGAGGCCAACUACCUGUUCUCUGUGUCCUGGGGAUACAUAAAGGUGUGUCCUAUGAAGGGAUGGGACCGUGUGUGUGUGUGUGUGUGUGUGUGUGUUUGUAUGUGCAUGCAUGUACAGUACAUCCAAGGCGUCUAACUGCAGCAGGAAGUCGUGUCAGAUUUGACACAAAUAUUUGUAUUUGUGUAUUUCUUGUUCAGUGGAGACGUGCAUUGUUACGUUUUGCACCUCUGAGAAAAAAGACAGCAUAAGCAAUAUUUUUUUAUAUAUUAUGCAUUGUGUUUGUUUGGUGAAAUAUGAGACAGUCAUGUGUCACAGUGUCUUACCAAAAUCAGCUCCAAGGAGACAUAAACACAACCUUAUAUGGCACAUGAAAAAGCAGGCCGUGUUCUCAUGGGACACAUAUCUCAGUAGGAAAUAACAGGAAAUGCUUAAUUCCUCUGCUCGGAAAACGGCUCUGAUAUGAUGUCAUGAAGAUGUGUUCCCCUAUAUAAGUCAUCUAACCUCAUGUGUGUUUUAUCUUUUCCCCUCCAGUUCAAGAGGAUGUUAAACCGGGAGCUGAGCCACCUGUCCGAGAUGAGUCGAUCAGGGAACCAAGUGUCAGAAUACAUCUCCAACACCUUCCUAGGUAAGCAGUCCACCACAUAGAUACUCACACAAACACUCACUCAGAGUGAUCAUAUUUACUACAUGCACAGAGUCAGUGGAGAGCCAAAAUGAGGCGACAUCCUUCAGGAAUCUGUCAGCGUGUUUGUGGCAGAAGUUGUGAGGUCACUUAAAGCAUGUGUCAAGUACCUGGUGUGCUACAGCGCUCUCAAACCAGUCUGAUCUGGUCUGCAGGGGAGACACAGAGAGUCCCCUUGCUCCAGCUGCAGGGGGGGAUGAAGGGAGGACACGGGUGGAGGACGGGUUUACAGAGAGAAGACUCCCUUCUAGAAAGAGCGAGAUAGUGUUUGUGUGCGCGCUUAGUGCCAUCAGGUCCUCAUGGGUGCUGCAUAUUUCAUCAGGAGGACAGCAGUAGUGUUUCCUUGUCUUCAUGACUCACUGCCAGUUGGUCUGCCCCUCAGGUUUUCCACCUUCCCAUCAAACUUAACACCCUCAUCCACUCAGACAAGGCAGCUCAACAGGGCCAUGUGCAAACUGAUGCCCUGCUCCUCAUCUUUUUGCUCUUGAACAAACCCAAAGAGGUCACAGUGAGGGCUUGAUGGUGUUAAAUAAAAAGGCAGUAAGAGUGCUGCAGUGAGGAAGAGAUUUCUGCACUUAAACAGAAGAGCACACAUACGCACAGAGAGGAACUUGGUUUUUCUUUGAAGCUUUGUGGUUCAGUUGUCAUCUGCAUUGCAGCUCACACCUGUCAGGUGGAGUGAGAUCACUUUCUUCCUGUGCUCUGUGGAGGAUGCAGCGCAGAUACAUCUUUUUUAGUCACACUGCGGUGUGUUUGCGGUGCACUAAUACACACUGGGGGAGUCUUGCACGCUGUCAGCUGCAGAGAGUGUGACAUGCACCAAACAAACCCACAUACUGACAUGACGUCCAGACUUAAUGAGCCCGCCUUCCAUGAUUCUGUGGAUUGUUGUUGCAGUGUGACUCAGUUUCUAAGAACACGCUGGAGCUUUUUCUGAUUUUUCCUUUUGUGUCCUACAUCAGAGUUUAACCCCCGUGAACUUUCCCAAAUUUCACAGACUCAUUUUAAUGUUUACUGUUAGGUUCACAAACAAGAGCAGCACCACAGAGCAGAGAGAUAAACCUGCAGAGAGUUGAUCAGGGUUUGAGGUUUUAAAGCAAACUCUUAUUUGUGUUUAGAAUAUCUAGAAAUAACACCUCACAUUUUAAAUUUUCAAAUAGUUUGUUAAUUACAUUUGACCCCAGGGAGGUUGUUUAACUGAACACAAAAAGUUUUAAGGGGUUCAGAUAUAUUCAGGGGGUUGUAUUAUCUUCUGAGUUGUUAUAUCUCUUUUACUGUCUUUUAAUGUGUGUUUAGUUAUUUUAGCUGCGAUUGCUCUCGCUUUUCUGCUGUCAACUGAUGUUUAUUUUCCGCUGAGAAACUGAGGGACUGUUUGUUAAUUAAAUAAGUGUAAGUGCAGCCUCAGAGUGUUGUCACGCAGGCGUGAGAGGUCAACUGUCCCCACGUGUUUACUCUCUUCAUUCAGUCUAGUGUGUGAGGCACAGUCCAGUAACACCUACUCUGGUCGGAGUUUCUCUUCGGAGUAAAUGAAAAGUGACGUUUUUUUUAAUGUUUUUUGAAAUUUUCUCUCCCUUUAGACAAGCAGAAUGAACUGGAGCUUCCAUGUCCGGUCCCUAAAUCGAGGGAGAGGAAGAGGAGGCAGGGCCAGCAGCAGCAGCACCACCAACAGCAGCAGCAGGGUGGGAUGAUGACUCAGAUCAGCGGAGUGAGGAAGGUCAGCCACACGCCCAGCAUCUCUGGAGGAACGGGCAACCGCUUUGGGGUCAAGACGGACCAGGAGGAGCUGCUGUCGAAGGUAAGAGACGAGCAGAUAGAACGGCAAAGAGAAAAAAAACAUGAGAAAUGGGUGACAGCAAACUCAAGGUUGUCUCUUCUCUCUAUCAGGACCUGGAGGAUAUCAACAGAUGGGGCCUGAAUAUCUUCAAAGUGGCCGAGCACUCCCAUAACCGACCGCUCACAUGCAUCAUGUACACAAUCUUCCAGGUCAGUGUCGCCAUUCUCCUCGCGGUCACUCAGAAAGAGCCUGUAAAAAAGUGUGAAAGUGUUCCUACUUACGCUCACAGCUGCAGGGAUUGAAAGUAGAUUUCAGUGGUCAGUUGAAGAUAACAUUUCUCAAAAGUACAUAAAAACAAACAUGCUGCAGGAUCUUGAUCCCACCCUAAUGUUGUUGUUGUUUGUCUAAUUUUCAUCCUCUUGUGUCACAUGCAGGAGAGAGACCUGAUGAGGACGUUCAAGAUUCCAACAGACACCUUUGUGACGUUCAUGCUGACCCUGGAGGGACACUAUCACUCGGACGUGGCGUACCACAACAGCCUGCACGCCGCAGAUGUAGCACAGUCCACACACAUCCUCCUGUCCACCCCUGCGCUUGAUGUGAGCCACUUUCCAUGCUUUACCUCACAGUCUUUUGUCUGUUUCAUUAAUUGUCUUAAUUAGUUCUGAUGAAGAUGUUGGCACUCAAAAGUUUGGCAGUAAGGCCCACACCUUUUCUCAGUCCCUCUAUUAUGUUUUAAUUAGUUUACUGGCAUUAACGUCAGCAACGCUGGCAUGUCUUUGAAACUGAAGGCGGAGAGGAUGACACAUAAAAAGAGCGGCCUCAAAAAACACUCGCCUGCCACCUUGUUCAGCCUGUUUGUUUCCUGUGGAGCUCACCUGUUUGUUUUCUUUUCUCUCUUUUGUCUGAAUGCAGGCGGUCUUCACUGAUCUGGAGAUCUUGGCGGCCAUUUUUGCUGCAGCCAUCCAUGACGUGGACCACCCAGGAGUAUCCAACCAGUUCCUCAUCAACACCAGUAAGUCCUCUUUACUGGUUUUUCACCACCUUCAUUUAUUUAGUCUACAUUUACAAAACAGGAACUGAGUGCAUGUCUUUAAGGGAUCCGUUUCUGAGCAUAACGCCACGCUGGGGUUUUUUUUUUUCGGGAUGUUGCAAGGUUGCCAUGGUAGCCAAGCCUCAAAAAAAGUAGAGCUUGUUCUGAGCUUCCCCUCUCUCCUCUGUCUGCAGACUCUGAGCUGGCUCUCAUGUACAACGAUGAGUCAGUGCUGGAGAACCACCACCUGGCUGUGGGCUUCAAGCUGCUGCUGGAAGACAACUGCGACAUCUUCCAAAACCUCAGCAAGAAGCAGAAGCAGACACUGCGCAGGAUGGUCAUAGACAUGGUGAGCGAACGUCUGCGUCUCAUAUUAGCUUUACCGGUAAUGUCUCGAUUUCUUCAUUUCCUUCAUUCUUACACCGUUCUCCAUCUGUUCUCAUUUUUCCAGGUUUUGGCAACAGACAUGUCCAAACACAUGAGCCUGCUGGCGGAUCUGAAAACGAUGGUGGAAACCAAGAAAGUGACGAGCUCUGGUGUCCUGCUGCUAGAUAACUACACAGACAGGAUGCAGGUAAGAGGCACGCUUCCACACACCGACACAAAACAGACCGUCUGAGAAAUGCAACAUGUUCAAUUAUUCAUGUUUCUCUGCAGGUUUUGCGUAACAUGGUUCACUGUGCAGACCUGAGCAACCCCACCAAGCCUCUGGAUCUAUACCGGCAGUGGACGGACAGGAUCAUGGACGAGUUCUUCCACCAGGGAGACCGAGAGAGGGAGAGAGGGAUGGAAAUCAGUCCCAUGUGUGACAAACACACAGCAUCAGUGGAGAGGACACAGGUACAGAACACAUAAUAUAGAUAUUUAAAAGACUUUUAAAUAAAUAUGUUAUGAAUUUUUUUUUAAUCAGUCCUUAUCAAAAAAGUUUAAAAUCUGCCCAUCCAGAAAAAUUAAAAAAAUAAAAGUUGUGAUUUCUCCCAACAUCCUCAACAUUUAAAAUGAUUUUGUUUUUCCUCCUUCAGGUUAGUUUCAUUGAUUACAUCGUCCACCCCCUGUGGGAGACGUGGGCUGACCUGGUCCACCCUGAUGCCCAGGAUAUCCUGGACACACUGGAGGACAACAGAAACUGGUACCAGAGCAUGAUCCCUCAGAGCCCCUCCCCUCCCUUCUAUAGCAGCGAUGGAGAAGGGGGCCCACACGGGGAGCUGGAGGGACCCCCACCUAGUAAAUUUCAGUUUGAACUGACGCUGGAUGAUCACGACGGGGACAGAGACGCUGAGGAGGGUGGGAUGAUGGAGACGAAUGUGGCACUCCAAGACCCUCCCCCAGAAGAGGGCGGGGUGGAAAUGACGACAUGCGGCGUCUCACCUGAGGAAACAUAGCUGGACUGACGGCGUUGACGUGCUGCUGGUUUAUGCUGUUUUUGGCUGAAUUCAUUUUAUUGCAGUGGAGAAAUCCUGCAAUCUGGCUCUUUGGAGCUGCCUGGCAAAGAGGGCCUGACUGACUGUAGGGCACCCAUGCAAACAAGGCUAGGAAACCCUGUGGCAGUUUGUUUAGAGCCCCCCUGAAAGGGAGCUGGAGGAGCAUAACGUCCGCUCUUUCAGAAGGGACUACUGUUGGACGGUGAGGCUGAGUCUUUGCUCUCACAAAGAAGGUGAAACGGAUGAUCUGUGUCUGAGUACCAGGACUGAUGAAAAACUUCCAAACUUGCACUUCAGGACGUUUUUAUGUUCAUUCAGAUUCUUUGUAUCGUGUCAGAAUCGGAUGUCACCUGUUCAAGCGUCCAACCAAAACUACUUGUCCGCGAGUUCUGUGUAACCAAGUAGUUUCUUUUUUAUCACUUGUCUAAAAAAUAAGGUGUGUGCCUUUUUUUUAACAACUGUGUUUUUUGUAUAUGUUUUUAUAAUUUAUUGAACACAUUUAUGUAGCUGUAAAAAGUGUCAAAUUUUCUACAACGCAGACACAACUGUCUCACAGUCUUCCUGAUGUUCCUGCAAUAUUAUAAGCUUGUUCUUAAGAAUGGUCCGGUGGAUGUAUAUUUCUAAAAUCAGACAACUUCCCAGCACAAUUUGCACUUUGUGGCAGAGGAGAGCGUGAUAAGCUUCAUUGAUUAAAUAAACAUGCAAAACCAAAAGAAAAUUAGGUUUGAUUCAUCCAGCUGUUUUCUAAUGAUUCAUGCCGUUGAGUCCAAAAAAACAUCCAACAAUUCAGAAAAUCCAAAUCCAAAGAUUGUUUAGAGUAAGCACUUUGAUGAUUUCACUGCCAUCCCUGAAAAGUUUAAUAUCAUGCUGAAGAGUAGCUCAUGUUAUAUAAGUUAGACUUAAAUCAAAACCCCAAUUUUGUAGGUUAGUGAAUAGUUCGGUUAAGUAAAAAGUCAAAUAUAGUCUUUUUCUUAGUAAGAAACCCUCAUUUGAUUUUGUACAGAGCUAUUUCAUUAUGGGGAAUCUGUUUCCACUGUAAUUCUCAUUAGCUCUCACAAACACACUUGUUGUGACUGAAAGUAAUUCAUUCAUCAUUGUGUAAACACCGUGACUCAUCUUGACCUUCUGAAUGGCUGUAAGACUGUGCGCACAUUAGAAAAAGAGACACACCUGUUAGUGAUGAAAUCUUAAUUCCAGCACUUUGAAAAGUCGACACUUCAGCAGCUGGUUGCUGAUCUGUCCAACACUACCUUAAAGGUACCGCGUGUGAGGUGCAACCUUCAGAAUAAAAGACUCUGUCAUGUCAUUACAUGAUAUAUAUAUGUGUGUGUGUGUGUGUGUGUGUGUGUGUGUGUGUGUGUGUGUGUGUGUGUGUGUGUGUGUGUGUGUGUGUGUGUGUGUGUGUGUGUGUGUGUGUGUGUGUGCGCUUGAUGAGAGAGUGUGUUAGUGGUCACAGAGUUGCACAGUAUCGUUGACCAUUCAGCUGUUUGUAACAGUCUAUUUAUUAUCUUAUUCUUGUACAUGAUAAUAUUGGUAUUGAUUGUUAAUAUUCCCUGUAUAUUUGUCAUUAUUUAUAUGGACUACCACAUGUCACAGUCUGACUGAACUUGUCUGGUGGUUCUGAUUUAUUGUACUCAACAAGCUACUUUGCUAUAAGACCAUAACGUGAAGUUAUGCAGUUAAACUUUGACGGUUUGAAAUGUAACGUUUGUACAGUCUGAUGAUCCAACAACACCUCGUGUGGGGUGCAGAGGAAGUUUUCGUCUCAUGCUCCAGGUGGAUUAUGAAGACUGACUAUGUGCUGCAGUAGAUUGUGUACGGUGACGGGUCAUUGUACAGCUAAAGGAGUAUUUGCUGAAAUAUAUAACAUGUUUCAAAUAUAUUUUUUCAGUGUUUCCUCACAAUAUAUUGUAAAACAGUGUAUGUUGUGCUCAGCAAAUGUUUUCUAUCAGAUUAUUAAAAUGGGCAUGUAUUACAUGAG